CUCUGCCCCCCUCCCCUCCCUCGCCCCAGAACGUUGCUGUGGUAGCGCCUGGGCGCCAUGUUAGGAGGCCGGAGGGGAAGAGGAAGGACUAGAGGAAGCGGCGGCGGCAGCAGCAACAACAGCGGCGGCGGCGGCGGCGGCCACCAGGCCUAGCAAGCGGCUCUCCCCCCUCGGCCAGAGGGCCCGAGCCAGGCCCGUAUCAUGCUCGCGUCGCCCGCUUCCCACGGGCAGGAAGAGUGACUGUUCCGGGGAAGAGGUGGCGGCGCUUAACCCACAGCCGGAGAGACGAUGCCGUUGUAAGUGGAGGCCGGGUCUGGCGUGAGGGGGGGGCGGGUGGAAGAAGCCCCGGGAAGCCUGGCAGGCAACCUGAGCGAGCGCUUCCGGGACCCAGGGCUUCCCCUCCUCGCCGUGUAGGCCCUCCGUUUGAACCCGCCUCGUCGGCCCUCAUUUCCCUUGGCGCACAAAUCCUCUCCCUUCCCACGCUCGCUCUCUCUCUGUGUGUUUCGGCGCCUGAGGGCCUCGUUCCUCUCGCCCCCCCUUUUUUUUUUGCCCUGGCGCAGAACUUCGGGGGAGGAGGGGGCGGCCUCGGCGGCGCCUACGACCCUCAGCCUUAGCCCCACAACAAGUGGCGGCGGGCAUUUCACGCCUCGCCUCACGCUCGGCCCUCUUGCCGCUUUCUCAGGCCUUGUGGGGGGGGUGAGCGUUUUGUGGGGCAGAGAGAGGACGCAUGUGCGGCGUCUCGCGGGCGCCGAGGCCUAUCUGGGGAGGUGCGCAGGCCCCGCCGCGCGCCGGAAUCAGCCGGAUGGUGGCAAAAGUCUGCCAACCAACUGCUGGGAGCGCCAUCGCCGCCUCCCUCCCGCCGGUGUUGCGAAAUCCCUGCCCACCUUCCUCCCCGCAUCCCCGCCACACGUUAUUUGAAGGGGGGGGGCUGGCUGGCGGGAAUUGUAACGUGAACGAAAAAUCCUGUGCUGCUUAGGAGAUCUCGCCUGAAGCACACCUGCAGCUUUUUAAAGUUGCACGCCUCUUGUUGAGUAAUACCUGGAGAGGGCCAGCUUAUUUUGUGGCCUUAGCCUCCCCCAUCCCCCGUCCUCCUUUGUUUUGUUUUCUCUCCAACUAGAGGUUUUCUGUUGGCCGCUGAACAUCUCGCUAUACAGUUCUAUGUAAACUAUGGCCUGUUGGCUACGCAAGUAAAGUCUUUGUUGUUGUUGUUCUAUGUAAAUGUGUUGGCACUCGUUUGGUUGCACCGUGUUCCUUGUGAGGCAUUGUCAUGCUCGUGAACGCAUUUUUUUUUAUUAAAAACAAAUUGUAUUUGGGGUAACUGGCACUGUGUGCACACCAUGUAUUUAAAACCCAUUCAAAGCACAACACACACCCCAGAAAAGAAUUCUGGGAACUGUAGUUCUGCUCCCAGUCCCAGAGCUGCAAUUCCCAGCAUGCUGAACAAAUUGCAGUUCCCAGGAUGUAGGUGGGGGUGUAUUUUUUAAAUGCAUGGUAUGUGCACAGCCCAAGCCUACAUUUAUAAUUUUGUGUACAGGUCUUUUCUGAUACACAAUGUUUGCUGGGGGUUGAACUGUGUGUUCUAGUUGCAUUCUAUUGCAGAAACCCCUGGAGAGUCUACAAAAUAAACGUUUGUUUUCAUUGUGUGAACUUUGCCAUAGUUGUGUGCUGGGUAUGUUAGGUAAAUAAUCCUUGACAAUUCUUAAUAGUGGGUAUACGUUUGUGAAAUGUAUGUAAUAGGUUUUUUAAUUGUUUUUGGGAACAGUUGUUUCAGAUUCCUUUCUGAAUGUCUUGCAAAAACUAGUUUAACAAAGUUGUAAGAUCCUGAAUGAAAAACUAGUUGGUGACUUGAGGUGAUGAUAAUGAGCACAUUCCCUCUUUUCUAAUAUGGAUUUGUUUCAUGUGUUUUUUCAUUAACAUUUACAUAAAAUUUAAGAGACUAUCCCCUGCAGCCAGUGUUAGAAACUCAGAUAUAUAAGCUAGGCGCCAAAUGGCUCUUUAAACCAAAAUGGAAUGUCUAGUUGCCAUUGUGGGGUAAGGUGGCUCUAAAGUAUUUUUCAAAUGAUUGAUUGACUGUGACUGAUUAUGAAUUAAACAUCUGACAACCUUGAGCUAACUUAAGAACUUUGAGAACUUUAAGAAGAAAAGUCACUUGAUCCAGGGACAGUCCACAUACAUAUUGGCCUAUUUCUACCUCUUUUUCUUAAUUGUGGCUGCUGCUGCUCAGGCUGCACAGAAAAAGCAUUUUGGUUCCUGGAAUUCAUUCUGAUUGUGCAGAUAAAAUCUAACUGAAUUCUAUAGGAUGGGGUCUUAGUGUGUGAAAACAGUGAUCCCCAGGCAUGCACCUCCAGGUGGUGGAGGUGUGAGGCGCUAUCCUGGUGCCCAGGCAUCUUUACUUGGUCACAAGUGGUUGAUAGCCAGCUGCAAAAUAUGCCUGGCUAAUUUUGAACAUUGCCUGCAGCAGAUGAAUAACUUACAAUGAAAUAUUGUAAAGUUUUAUCUGCCUGUUUGCCAACAUCAUAAUUCUGUUUGAAAGGACCACUUUAGAAAAAUAAAGAGCUAUACAUACUUUUGAGGAUCAGGCUAUGUCCAAACCCUUAUGAGCUCAGUUAAGUGAGAGAAAUUGAGGGUUCUUGCAAAAACUUACCAGGUUAAUACAUGAUAUAAAUGUGGAGACUAGUUUUUAAUUUGAUAUAAUAUUUGUAUCCCGCUUUUCCAUCAACAAAUGUUGAGCUCAAAGUGGCUCACAAUAAUCACAAUAGCAUUUAAAAAACCAACAUUGUGGUCACUAAUAUCAAACACAAUAGUGUAUAAAUAAACAAAGAAAAACAAAUUCAUCAAAAUAACAGAAUUCAAUAAAGUAAAAGUAACUCCUGGUACUGCAAGGCUACAUGGAGCCUUACUCCAGAAUAAGCUGAUCUACCUGGGCUUUCCAACUUCUGCAUUCCCCACAAGACCUUUUUAGUGUUUUUUCAGUUUCCAUGAGGACUUCUGCUUACACUAUGGAAUUUCCCCUCCCUCUCUUCUCCUUCUCCCCCCAUCUGCUCUAGAGGACUGGUGUUUGAUGGACUUGGAUCCAGUACCUGUAAUACCCUUCAGGAUGUACAAAGUAGGAUUUCCCCUUUUUCUAACAGCAUCCCUCCCGCAACAUACUGCAAACUGCUUAUGAAGGUUGAUGAAUUUGCUAACAAAAAUGUGUUUGCGAGUACAUGUAUGUAAGAUACAGUUUAAGAAAUAUACUCUUAAUGUUUUUAAAAAGGUUGCUGAGCAUCACAUAAUACAUCAUUGGAAUUUUUAUUUCUCUUUUUUCCAUUGUUUUUAAACACUUUAUAUAAUAAAGUGUCUUCUCGUGCCUUGUUUUUGCUGUGAAGGUAGUGUUCCCCAGCAGUCAAUGUUGAAUUUUCUUUGGAGCCAGGUUGAAGGCUCUUUGGGAUGGAGCUUAGUGGUGCUUUUCAAUGUUUUAUUUAGAUCUUUGAGUGCCAUAACAAGGCAACAUGGGGUGAAGGAACUUUAUAACUUUUCCCAGUACUGACAGAAUACAUAAAAGGGAAGUAGGAUUGAAAGCUUUCAUUAUGGUUGUGUCCUUGAUUAAUAAAAUCAUAAGGAUCAGAAAAGAUAAACUAGUGCUGCCUGUUUCUUCUGCGCUGGAACUGGAGGAAAGGUUGUUUGGGUUGUAAAAGUGAUUAGCUCCCUUCUCCCUCAGUAAGUAAGCAUUGCACUUUGUGGAAGUGUAUUGCGGACUUAGAAUCUUUUGGGGAAAUUUUAGUUUGGUUUGAAUUUUAGAAUCAAAUGCAACUGAUUAGAGGGGUAGUACACUAUGCAUUUUGAAAGGAGAAUCCAUAGUUUCUGCAUGGUGCUUAAACAAGUGAUUUGAGUGUCUUUGUAUUGUUCUUGGAAUUGAUCUAACCAUAUUAUAAUUAGUUUUACUGUAACCUUAGGCUGAGCUCAGCUUAUAUUGGGAUGUGUAAUGUAUGGUCAGAGAGAAAAACCCUCCCUUUGUGGUAGGAUUGGGGGCUUGACAACCAUAAUUUUUUUUGCUCGCUACAAGUUGUAGAUUUGAGUGGAAAAAAAUGGAUCACUGAUGAGAGUGGUUUAUUUGUUUUCUACUAUAAAACUUGUUGAUGAUUAAAGUGUGUUUAAUUCAUAAUUAGUAUGAAAGUAUGGCCAUAUGUAGAAUAGGGUUUUUCUAUUGCCUUGUAACUCCCAAAGACGUUGAAAGAUUUUAUUUCUGGAAGCUUUGAAAAUAUUAGUUGUAAUAAUGAUUGGCUUUCGGGUUUUUUAAAUGCAUCGUUGUUUUCCACCCUUUGCUUCUUUUAGAGACAGGGCUGGAUAAAAAUCAUUUACUCUUCAUAAUAAAAGUCUCCUGAGAAUUGGGGCCUCUCAGGAAAGGCUUAUUUAGGAUGUGUUUGUUUGCUGAAAAUGACAGAAAUAAUAAUAAAUAAUAAUAAAUUUUAUUUAUAUCCCGCCCUCCCCAGCCGAAGCCGGGCUCAGGGCGGCUAACAACAAUAAAACAGUAUAAAAGUAUAGCAUAAACAACACUCUAAAAUCAUUCAUUAUAAAAUUAAUUAAUUCAGGCCACUGGCAACCAUUGGGCCAGAGCUCCGCGAAGAUUGCCGAGGGAGGGAGUCAGGCUGUGCCCUGGCCAAAGGCCUGGUGGAACAGCUCUGUCUUGCAGGCCCUGCGGAAAGAUGUCAAGUCCCGCAGGGCCCUGGUCUCUUGUGACAGAGUGUUCCACCAGAUCGGAGCCACAGCCGAAAAAGCCCUGGCUCUAGUUGAGGCCAGCCUAACUUCUCUGUGGCCUGGGACCUUCAAGAUGUUUUUAUUUGAAGACCGUAAGUUUCUCUGUGGGGCAUACCAGGAGAGGCGGUACCGUAGGUACGAGGGUCCUAGGCCGUAUAGGGCUUUAAAGGUUAAAACCAGCACCUUAAACCUGAUCCUGUACUCCACCGGGAGCCAGUGCAGCUGGUGUAGCACCGGGUGAAUGUGAUCUCGCAGUGAAGACCUCGUAAGGAGUCUCGCUGCAGCAUUCUGCACCCGCUGGAGUUUCUGGAUCAGUCUCAAGGGCAGCCCCACGUAGAGCGAGUUACAAUAAUCCAGUCUGGAGGUGACCGUCGCGUGGAUCACAGUGGCUAGGUCAGGGCGAGAGAGGUAAGGAGCCAACUGCUUAGCUUGGCGGAGAUGGAAAAAUGCCGCCUUUGUUAUAGCUGCAAUCUGCGCCUCCAUGGAAAGGGAGGUGUUGAAGAUUACACCCAAACUCUUAACGGAUGGUGCUGGCACUAAUUGCGCCCCCUCAAGAGAUGGGAGUUGCCCCCCCCCAAUCCCAUAUCGCCCCGUCCCAGCCACAGGACCUCUGUCUUCGAAGGAUUUAGCUUCAACCGGCUCCCACGUAACCAUCCAGCCACAGCUUCCAAACAUCUGGUCAGUGUGUCUGGGGCCGAGUCAGGAUGGCCAUCCAUCAACAGAUAGAGUUGGAUGUCAUCGGCAUACUGAUGGCAACCCAGCCCAAAACUCCGAACAAGCUGGGCGAGGGGGCGCAUAAAGAUGUUGAAAAGCGUCGGGGAGAGUAUCGCACCCUGAGGUACUCCACACACCAAGGAGUGGCGCGAUGACAAUUCCCCCCCAAGCGCCACCCUCUGUCCCUGACCAGAGAGAAACGAGCGCAGCCAUUGAAGGACUGUGCCCUGGAUCCCCACGUCGGCAAGGCGGUGGUCCAGAAGUUCGUGAUCGACCAUGUCGAAAGCUGCUGACAGAUCUAGAAGAAUCAGCAGCCCCGACCCGCCUCGAUCCAGCUGUCUACGAAGAUCAUCUGUUAGGGCGACCAGAGCCGUCUCGGUCCCAUGACCAGCGCGGCAGCCGGACUGGAAUGGAUCCAGAGCCGAUGUUUCAUCCAGAAACCCACCAAGCUGUUCAGCAACCGCUCUCUCAAUCACCUUACCCAGGAACGGAAGAUUCGAAACCGGGCGGUAAUUGGAUAGAUCUAAAGGAUCUAAUGAUGUUUUCUUUAAGAGCGGGCGCACCACUUCCUCCUUCAGUUCCCCUGGGAAUCAGGCUGGGCCCACUAAGUUUACGUCUUUCUUCAUAGCAGUAUCAUUUUAGUUCUAAUGAAGAUGAUGCUUUGAAAACAUAUGAUAGGUCAACUGGCUUAUUUUUUGACUUGUCACACAAAUACACAAGUCUAGUGACGGUUAUAGUGUUUUUUAUUACUGGAUUAUAUGGAAAAUAAAUUCUUCAUUUGCAGCUUGUAAUGGAAUUUAAGCCAUUUUGAAUAUCUUGUUGGGCAGAGCUUCAUAAGUACAAUUCAAGUCAACAAUGUAUGUGCAUGUUGUACAACUAACAGUGAUGUACAGAGAAUUUUUCAGACCUUUAUUUUUUUGCAGAGUUUUAUCAUUAGCAUAUUUUAAUUAGUAACAACAAGUGGAUGCUAGUUGCAGAUGCAGUAUUAGACAUGCAGUAUUAGACAUGAAACUGUCAGUUUCAAAGUUUUUAGCUUUGUUUACUGACUGCAAGUAAAAUAAACUUACUAAAUUAGAUCUCUUUGGGGGCAUCACAAAUGCAAACUGGAAUUCCCCCCCCCCCCAAAUCCCCACAGUACUAGUAAUUACAGUCAUACCUCAUGUUACGUUUGCUUCAGGUUACGUGUUUUUGGGUUGCAGACCGUGGGAAACCCGGAAGUACCAGAACGGGUUACUUCUGGGUUUCGCCGCAUGCGUAGAAGUGCUAAAUCACACUUCGCGCAUGCGCUGAAGCGCCAAAUGGAACCUGCGCAGACACGACACUUCAGCUUGCGAACGCUGUGGGUUGUGGACGUGCGUCUGUCACGGAUUAUGUCCGCAACCCGAGGUUCCACUGUAUAUUAUAAUUAUUUUUAAAUGGUGGUUUCUCUUCUCCAGAUUAGUACACCGUAGACACAUGAAGCUGAGUUUAGUUUAGUUCCUGGCUCCAUAUCCCUCUAGUUCCUAUAUUUUUGAUCCAAGAGAAUUAUUAUAUGCAGUAGCCCAUAGUUUAUUUUACAGUAUAGCUUCUUAUUAAGGCUUCUCAUAUUCCUCUGUUUCAAACCUUUGUGGGAGCUGGGCAAAGAACUGGGAACUAGUAAGCAGGCACGAUCAUAAACUUGUGGUAGAGACUAUAGAGAAAAAGGAUAUGGUAAAUGCAGAACUAUAUUGAGUUGCAAUGCGGAAAAAGGAUUUGAUUCCCAAAAAACUUUUACAUUGAAAUAAUGGAUCUAAGGCUGCAAUCCUGAACACUGUUACUGGUAAGCAAAUCUCAUUGAAGUCAGUAGGAUGUACUUCUAGGUUAAAUUGGCUGUGGAAUGUUCUGUAUUCAGUAGAGGUCCUUGAGCAUUAAAAUGGUUAGCCACUAUUAGUGAUCCCUGAUGGUUUGGCAUUUACCAUGGCUAAUCUGGAUAACUGGCAUUCCAAAAAAAGGUAAUCAAAAUGAAAGUAUUAAAUGUCCAAUAUUUACUAAAGAGGUCACCAUCUGAAAUGAAUCACCAGGACUAAGUUUCAGUGGGUUUACUCUGAGUAAAAAUUAGUCAACUGUUUUGGUAUUUUUGGUUUGAUCACAUAGCUAAUACUCCUGAUUAUGGCCUGAUGUCCAGAUUGUUUUUAUUUUUAAUGGCAUAUCAACUACAGAAUACAUUGGUUUGCUGUGAUACUUUUUUUGUGUUAACACUACACUGAUAAUGAUGACUGAAGAAGGGUCAUAGCCUUGCAUGCAGGAGGUCCCAGAUUCAAUCACCAGCACUUCCAGGAAGAGCUUAGAGCCCUCAGUUUGAAAACCUGGGGAGCUGGUAGGGGUCAUUGUAGACAGUACAGUGGUGCCUCGCAAGACGAAAUUAAUUCGUUCUGCGAGUUUUUUCGUCUAGCGAAUUUUUCGUCUUGCGAAGCAUGAAAUCCCAUAGGAAUGCAUUGAAAUUCAAUUAAUGCGUUCCUAUGGUCAAAAAAAGUCCAAACAAAGCCAAAUUUGGUACAACAAGAGUUUAUUAAGUGCUCUUUAAAGUCACACAUACUGUAAAGAGCAUUUCAAAAAUUGAAGGAACAAUAAAUUAAGUUUCUAAACAUGACAGAAAAACAUUUAAAAAUCAACAAAGUGUACAGUACAUUUUCUAAGACUUUGGGGGACAACUCGAAGAAGGUUCCUCUUCCACUCUUUGCUUCUUGUUGAAGAACCCCCUCCUCAACUGUUCCCCUAGCCACCCACCACACAGAAAUUCAAAUCCAGAAUUUUUUUAAAAAAACAGCAGAGUGGCCCAAUGGUCACAGAAAAUCAUAAAAAUGCAGAAAAAAAACACACAAGCUUCCAGAUUCUUGAAAACCUCUCCCCAACACCAAGUCCUUGAAUUCCAAACACCCCAACCCAAAAUCCAAAAACCCCAAAAAAAGUUUUAAAAGUUUAAAAGAAGUUUUGGAAAAGCUUCAAAAAUCACCAAAGUCUUCAACAACCUCAAAAAAGGCUACCACACCGCGUUCUAUGAGUUGCUCCUCGAAGUCAAGUCGCAACUGUAUUAACAGUGUUAAGAAAAAGGAAACAAACUUGCAAGACGUUUUCGUUUUUCGUCUUGCGAAGCAAGCCCAUAGGGAAAUUCGUCUUGCGAAGCAGCUCAAAAAACGCAAAACCCUUUCGUCUAGCGAGUUUUUCGUCUUGCGAGGCAUUCGUCUUGCGGGGCACCACUGUACUGAGCUAGAUAGACCAAUGAUCUGUCUCUGUAUAAGGCAGCUUCCAGUAUUCAUAUGGAGCAUCAAUGUUGAUAAUUCAUGAUAUGGUAGCGUAGAACUUUAGAUAGUGCUUUCCAGAGGUGUGGCCAUGUUAGUCCCUUGAAGCAAAAACAAGUACAGGCAACUCCCCAUUUAUGCACAGUCUGUUUGUGUGCGACCGCACAUACACACGGUGCCUGGAACUCGAAAGUGGAACGUAGAAAUGGAGAGCACCCUGGAGAGGAGUCCUGGCUUGUGAGGUGACCCUCCUCAGAACCUGAAGAGAACCUCUGUGUGAGCCAGAGCAUUGUUGAGGCUGCUCAGCUGACGCACAGGGAAACAGCAACUGCUUCUCUACCCCACACAUGAGCUAUUAGGCAGGGAGGCUGAGCAGCCUCAACAAGCCCCUUGGGCUCUGGGGUAGGUCUCUUUGCAGGCCACUAGGACUCUCCAGGGUGCUCCCAAUAUAUGUGAUUUCACUUAGACUCUGGCUACUUUGCACAGUGCUGCAGAGAUGUUGCUUUGAGCUAGAUGUGUCUAGAUAAGAAAUUGUCCCUACUUUAGUACUAGCACCUUUAUAAAUGAUAUAAAUAUAGAAACAAUGAAAAUAUCAGCUAUUCUAGAAUAGAAAUAAAAUGAGCUUGCGUUACCUACGCUGGAAUCCAGUGUUGUUAGAAAUAGUGAUGGGAAAUCUCUGUUAAGAAGAGAGGGAAGGAGAAGAAAGCAAGGAGUGAUUAUUCCUGAAGCCUGUUCCUGAUUUCAGCUGAGCCCGUUAUUACAAUUACACUAAUAUCUACAGUGGACGCUCGGGUUGCAAACAUGAUCCGUGUGUGUCUGCUCACACGUGGGUUGCGAUUCGGCACUUUUGUGCACGUGCAAAGCGCGAUUCGUCACUUUUGCGAAUGCACAACUGCCAAAACCCGGAAGUAACCUGUUCCAGUACUUCUGGGUUUUGGCGGUCCGUAACCCGAAAAAACGCAACCUGAAGCAUCUGUAACCCGAGGUAUGACUGUAUAUGGUUUUCUUCAGAAAGUUUGCAGAUGGGGGUUUAUCCUAGUAACCUUAAGUGAUGUGUGCUAACUUUCUCUUCAAGUGUUUUUCUUUCAGUUGAAUUAUUGAAAAUAUUGUCUGCUAGGGAUCAUUGAGAAAGGGAUGGAAAUUACAACACAUAUGUAUGCUUUAUACAAAAUUAUAGUGUAAGCAUGUUUGGAAUACUGUGUACAGUUCCGGUUGCCGCAUUUCAAGAAGGUGUUGAAAGGGGCAAAGUUAUCAGCAGAGUGGAGCAACUAACCUAUGGGACUUAAUACUUUAGAGAAAGUGGGAAUAUGAUUGAGAUUUAUAGAAUUAUGUAUGGAAUGGAUAAAGUGGAUAGAGUAUUCAUUACAAUUCGUUAUAUAUUGCCUUUCAAGAUACAGAUCCUUCUAAGGUGACUUGUAAGUUACAUUAAAGUACCUUUUUAGAAAUCACAGAAAGCAAUAUCUGCAUAUAAAAAGUUGUCGGAAUCUUUCUCACAGGGCAGGUAGACUAGCUGUAUAUGUGUAAAGGUGAGAGGGUGGUUCAUAGCUAAGCUACCUUGAGCUCAGUCUUCUUUGCCUCUCCGCUGGUAUCUAUCACAGGGCAGUUGAAGUGCAUGAUCCUGUGAGUAGUGGAGCAAAAGUCCAUCUUGUGUCAUGCCUUAAGAUAGUCUUCAGCUGCCUUCCUCUUUUACCUACAAUAUUUCCCACAGAGCAGUUGAUACUAGAAUUUUCUUCAUCAGUAAACACUGGUUCAUCCAAUGACUGACUGGUGAGAGAAGUGGGACAUACAAAAGUACCGUAUUUUUUCUUGUAUAACAUGCCCCCAUGUAUAACCCUAUUUUUUUCUUUUGGACUACAAAAAAGGGGUGAUUGUCCAAAGUUGUAGAGCUUUGGGGGGGGAUUGCCCAUAGGUGUAGAGCUUGGGGGGGGGGGGUCACCUCCAUAAAUCACUCUACAACUUGCCCGCCACUGCAAAUAGUACACAUCACCAACAACGACUCCUUCUCAUUGCCCUUAAACCCUUUCAUUUUAUGUAUCCUCACAGUUAGAUAUUCUAAGAUUAUAAUAUUUUUUCAUUUUUUUCCUCCAUUGGUUCACCCCUAGCUCUUCUGUAUUUUUCCAGUUACCUACUAUAACCUGUCUGGCUGCAAUUACCAUCAAUUUUACCCAUUUACAUUCCUCUUUUGUUUCUAACUCGGUGCUACUCAGGCUAAUAAGAACCAUUAAUUUAAAUAUUUCCACCUUCCUACCCAUAAUUCCCGAUAUUUCUAUACCAAUCUGUUUCCAGAAUUCAUUAGCUAACGGACAGUCCUACCACAUAUGACUGUACGUUCACAUCACUCCACAUUUCCUCCAACAAUUCUUACUUCCAGAUUGUGUAAUACCAUUUUUGUACCAACUUCAACCCUUGUUCCUGGAUUAUCCUAGAGGUCGCAACAAAGGGUGGUUGCCGAAAGAUUCUUUCCCAAUCUUCAUCUAAAAUCUGUUCUUGAAUAUCUAGCUUCCAAUAUUCUUUCAAACUUUCCUUUCUCUUUGUCUAAUAACACAUUAUAAAAUUUUGAAACUAUUUUAGCCCUAUCUGUCCUAUAUCCUUUCACUAAUUCUUCGAAGGAAGUAAUAAUUCUUUUUCCACAUUUUCCAUGUUUUUUAACUUCUUUUUCCUUUAGCAGAGAGGAAAUUUGUCUUUUCCGUAACCAAUUAAUCUUAUUCUAAGUACCACAAUCCUGUUCCACCGUACCUUCUGUUCCCCAGCUCUUCUCCAUCUCCUCAGUUGUGAUCGCCUUUAAUUUAUCCCCUACCUCCUUUGGGAUGAGCUCCCUUAACGGGGCCAUUUUAUCAUAAUACCACACUUUGGUAAGGGGAGAGAGGCCAGGAAAAAGCUCCUUUCUCAGCUUCUCCCAUACCUAGAUGGACCCCGUAAAUGUUAAUAUUUUAUCUACUUUCCUUUUCCUCCUAUCAAAUAUUCUUAUUUUCCCUCCUACUUCCAAAUUCUCCCGCUCAUCCCGCGGGAUGACUACUAGUCAUGAGAGUUAACUACUACCUCCAGGUUCAGAGGAAGCAUGCCUCCUAAUACCAGUUUUUGGGGAGCAGUGCAGGAGAGGAUUACUGCCUUUGUGUUCUGUUUGUAGACAAGGCAUAUGGGUAGUAUCUGGGGAACCAGGAUGCAGGACUAGAUGGGCUGAGUGCCAGUUGCUGGAAACUGAGAUGGGGAAAGUGUUCUUGUAUUCAGUUCCUGCUUGCAGGUUUCUCACAGGCAUCAGGUUGGCCACUGUGAGAACAGGAUGCUGGACUACAUGGGCCUUUGGCCUUAUCCAGCUUGGUACUCUGAUGUUCUAAGGCUUCAUGUUUUUCUAAACAGUUUGCAGUUACAGUGUGAUCACAUCUUACACAGGGGUUAUGUUCUGGGGAUGGCGUGUAUACACAAAAAUGGGUGUACUCAAACUGCCUCCUUGAAACCACCUCUGUGUGAACACAGAAAGGGCCUUGUCCCCCAAGUGGAAAUGACACAGAAAGUGCUUUUAAGCUCUGUCUUGUUUGCAUUCAACUUACAGAAUUUCAACUAGAUGACCUUCAAUUACAUAUGGUUGAAGUUGCAUGAGUGAAAUGCAUACAACAUGCAAUGGUACUGUGCCUGAGUCUGCAGUCACUGUACAAAGUAGGUCAGUUUAAUUCCAUAUAGUCGUCAAAGAGCUCAAUAUAAAGGACCACACUCUUGUACUGUGUUCACUAAUCUGGAAGGUUUGCUUAUUUACCAUAUUUUAACUACCCUGAUUAUGAACAAAGCAGAGUUGUUGGCUGUUGUUAAGAGGUUGUUAAACCAAUUCAAGUAACUAUGUUUUUAUAGUAUAGAAACAGCUGGACAUGUGCCCAAGUAAACACUUUCAUUUUUUGUGAAUUUUUUUUUACUUCAAUGAAUGGAUUUGUUGAUGUUGCAUCUCUCUUAAUUUUGUCUUACUUACCUUUAUUAGUCCAGUUACAACCCAGGGAUCACAACAGACACAGCAACCACAGAAGCAUUAUGGCAUUACCUCACCUAUCAGUUUAGCUGCCCCCAAGGAGAUUGACUGUGUUCUUACUCAGAAAUUAAUUGAAACCCUAAAACCCUUUGGUGUCUUCGAAGAGGAGGAGGAACUGCAACGCAGGUAAAUAAGACAUUUAUUGAUACGUAAUAUACUGUGGAGAGGUGACAAUCCAUACUGGGGUUAUGGAAUCACAAAACAUUGAAAAUAGAUCUUCAAAUUAUUUCAGGUCCCAGUAAUAGAAAUGCUAUACAAUUCUGAACAAUAGCUUGAUAUUCCAUUAAAGUGUGUCUUUUAAUUUGUGCAUGAAUCCAAGUUUCUGGAAUGUCUAGUGUUCAUUGAUGGGUUAUUGUUGCAGCAUAGUUGUUGUUUCUGCACAGCCAGCUCCCAUGUCAUGCUGGUAACAUCCAGGAAUUGCAUAGCACAGGUGAAUGACAUGAUUACCUUCUGUGUCAGCAAUGUGUCAAUAACACAAUAAUCUAUUCUAAGCUGUGUGAAGUGGGAAUUGCAUUAAUUUUUGUAAACCACUCCUGAAAUGUUUUAGUUUUACUUACUGCUUGGAACCUCCCUUUCCUUCCUGUGGAAAUCUCUAAGGCACUAACAAAAUGGAGGGGGGAUUUGCACUCACAAAUAUUUGUGUGAGAGGGUAUCAUAGAAAUAGUAGUACAUAAUAUUUUCAACAAGUGGGACUGCAACAGAAUGAUGCAGCAUAUCGUCCCUCCUGAAAGCAGUGCUCCUGUUCUGAGUUCCAGUCAACCAUUACCCCUAAGCCAAGGACAUUCCACCUUUCUUCUCCACAUGCCCCCCCCCCCCCAUUUACUGUUCCAUGUUUAUUUUCCCUCAGACACUCAGUGGUGACUUAGCAUGUUUAGUCUUCAUUGGGUUGUUGAAAAAGGGUGGCCCUGUCAUUUCCCCCCAUAUAUAUUGUUCUUCCGAAAGUCUCAAAUACCCAAGUGUGCUUUUAUUUCCCUCUUGUUUCUCAGUGUCACAUUUUGGUUACAAUUCUAACAGCGUUCACCACCUGAGUUUACUAGUAAAAGAAAUAAUAUACAACUACAGUGGUGCCUCGCAAGACGAAAUUAAUUCGUUCCGUGAGUUUUUUCGUCUUGCGGUUUUUUCCGUCUUGCGAAGCACGGUGUCGGAAAAGUUUUGGAAAAGCUUCAAAAAUCACCAAAGUCUUCAAAAACCUCAAAAAAGGCUACCACACCACGUGCUAUGAGUUGCUCCUCGAAGUCAAGUCACAACUGUAUUAACGGUUUUAAGAAAAAGGAAACAAACUUGCAAGACGUUUCCGUCUUGCGAAGCAAGCCCAUAGGGAAAAUCGUCUUGCGAAGCAACUCAAAAAACGAAAAACCCUUUCGUCUAGCGAGUUUUCCGUCUUGCGAGGCAUUCGUCUUGCGAGGUACCACUGUAUUGACUUGGGAAUGGGAAAGAAUAGAGCAUUAAAAAAUGAUGCAGUUGUGUGAAAUUUUAUAAAUGAAAUCUUAACUGUAUCCAGUAAUUUUGGUUUGGGGGUUCUUGUAUGCUCUUCUCACUCAGUAGCAGUUACAAAAUUGGGGAAUUGUUGAGUAUUUAUCAAAAUUCCAGACAGGUGUUUUAUCUUUAUAGUAAAGAUAAAAUACUGCAAGACUUUGAGCUGUAUAAGGUGCUGAAUUUUGCUGCUUAAGUUAAUGUUUGGAGGAAGGCAUUAUUUUGUGAACAGACCAUAUCAGGUAUGUCCCGUCCUGUCAUUGUCCCCUCCUGCCCAGUCUGCCAGCAUAUGAUGGGGUAGAAAAGGAAGCCUUGGUAAUUUGGAACCCUUGUCUUCCAAAUACUAUUUGGUCAGUAUUGUAGCUUACUCUAGCCACUAAGCUAGUGUAGGCAGUGCCUUUAGCUUCUUGGAUUUGUGCAUGGAACCCGGCUAUAAAAGUAGGUGCCAAAUAUUCCACGGAUGAAAAUACUUUCCUCCAAAUAUCUAUUAAAUUAUAAUUUGAAAUAGUGGUUUAAUUGAUAAAGUUUUGAAAGACCUGGUUCAAAUACUAGCUCAACUAUGACACACUUUUGUUGACCUUGGGCCACUUAUCUCAGCUAAUCUGCUUUGCAAGUACAAUGCCAAAAGGCCCCUGUUAUUGUGUCUUUAACUCAGUUUGUUCUGCAUCUGUUAGCUGCUGGUGGUUAUCUCCAUUUCUUGGAAAGCUUCACUGGUGGGUUUCUGCAGCUCAAGCUGCUGUGAAAGGCACAAGAGCAGGUUAGGCCAUUUUUUUCUGGUUGCCAUCCUUGUUGGGCAGCUGCUUUGAGGAAUAUAUGUGAUCAUGUAUGCCUCACCCUAUUCCUUUGAGAAAUGGUGGGAUAUAAAUUAAAUAAAAUCAAUAAUUUCUGGAUUAGCUUUGACAAAUUACUUGAAACAUUCUCCAGCUCCUCUGCUACACUCUUAGUUCCCUUUUCUGUGAUAGGGAGUUUAAGUGCCUUAACCCAGUUUCUUCAUUGUGUGUAAUUUAUUAAUGUGUUCCAUCAACAGAAUUCUAAUUUUGGGGAAACUAAAUAACCUAGUAAAGGAAUGGAUACGGGAAAUCAGUGAAAUUAAGGUAUGAAUUUCUUUAUUCAUUAGAUGUACAUUAAGACUUGUAUCUUUAGCUGCUGCAGAAUGUUAAAGCCGCUGCAUUUGGCAUUUAGCAAUUGACAUCAGUGGGAGAAAGAUUAUUUUAUUUGUGAUCCUUUAACACAGUCUUGCAUACAUCGAUACUUAGCUGUUAAGCAGCCAAAUAUGAUGUUUAAUUAGAUUUGUAGAAUAUGCAAUUUAAUGAGUGUCUGCUGCAUCAAGCUUAAGCAACUGACUGUUUCUGUUGAUAAAACUAGCAGGAUGCUAUAGUGUGACAGCAAAUUCUCAUAGUGGCUUAGCAAUGAUAACCAGCUAACUUUCUGCCCUUACCUCUUAUCAGUGUGCCACAACUGAAAUAAGCUCCUAUCAGAAAGCUUGAAGCCAGCAUCUAGGGUUUGAAGUGUGCUGCUAUUUCACUGGUUCUGCAUUGCUUAUAAAAAUUCAAAUCCUGUGUUUGCUCCCUUUUAGAAUCUUCCACAGUCUGUAAUAGAAAACGUUGGAGGGAAAAUUUUUACAUUUGGAUCAUAUAGAUUAGGUGUACAUACAAAAGGUAAUGUGUCCCUAAUAUGUACCUAAUAUUUUAUACAUUUAUAAAAUAUGUUUGCUUAGUGCCUACUUGGUAGCCAAUAGAAGUAUAAAAAUUCACUAAAGAUUCACUAUAAAACCUUUUACGAUUCUGCUGCAAGUGACAUCAAUGACUGGCUUGGACAGGAGACUUGCCCUCACACAAACAUGUGAUUAGGAAAGGAUGAUCGCUAAGGGCUGUACCAUAGCAAUCAUAGCAACAACUGGUUUCUGUGACUAGCCAUACCUCCAAAGCACAACGGUCUCGUAGGUAGUUCUGUCUACACCAUUUAAUGUGAUUCCAUUAAAAUUAAUUAUUUUAAUGUGAUUACAUUGAAAUAAAUUAUGGUUUUUGCACCACCACAGUUCAGUAGAAUGCCACUCCUGAAAUGCAGUCCUAGGACAGCAAAAGGAGCUCAUCUUAAGAUGAGGGAAUGUUCCUCCACAGUUGGAUACAUUUUGAUAGCAACUCGUUUGUGUUUGUGGGGGGCUACUAUAAGUUCUGGUAUAAUAUUAGAUACGUUUUUAAAAUGAACUUAGAAUGAAUUAAAUUCUGAUUAAAUAUUAAAAGCCUCUGCAGACACACAGAAACUGCUAGGAUCUGAUGCUAAAAUAAAAGUAUGCCGGGACCUGACACUUGAUGGUGGCAGGGUAGGUGUUGGUAUUAAUGCAACAGAGCUCUCUGCCCUUCCACAGCACACCUGCGCCUUGCAAGGCAAUGAGAUUAAAAGUACAUUUCUGCCUUGUGUAGUUCAGGCCAAUCAGAACUACAGAGGAUGGUACUGUCCUUCAGUAUAUGUUAUUGUUUGUCAGGAGCAGAGUUGGGGCUGCCUUUUCUUGGUGGCCACUGUAUACUUUAUGUAAUCUUUAAUUGUUUGGUACACUAAUGAAUUUAUUAGCAUUCAUGUUUAAUGCAAUAUGGCCUAAUUGCCACUCUAUAAUAAAAAUAUCCUCAACCAGUGUCUGCUGCAGGCAGGUAAUAAAUUAAGAGAGGAGAUAUGAGAGUUUUUAACUUGCAUGCUGUGCUACCUCUGGUAUAGAUAAGAAGCCUAGCAUUGAAGCGCCAUUUUAGUUUCAUAUAAACUAUUGAAAAUUGUGAACUAUAUUUGCUUAUAUUAAAAAAACACUGCUGCUUUCCAAAAGUAGCUCCAGUGCAAAACAAUAAGUCAACUAAGUUAAAUUGAGCCUUGUUUUAACUUAUAUUUCCAUUAUCAAUUAUAUCUUUGUAAGUUGAGGAUUAUACUUGUGGUGGUUGAUUUCAAAUGGUAGAUUUCUUGAAGUGGAAGCUGCUGUACAUACUGAGUGAAAGAAUGUACAGUCGUACCUUGGUUGACAAACGGAAUCUGUUUGAAUUCUGAAACCAUUCAAAAACCAAGGUGCGGCUUCUGAUUGGCUGCAGGAGCUUCCUGCACUCAAUCGGAAGCCACAUCGGACGUUGGGUUCCAAAGAAUGUUCGCAAACCGGAACACUCCCAGGUUUGCAGCAUUCGGGAGCCAAAAUGUUCGAGUCGCAAGGCGUUCCUCAACCAAGGUAUGACUGUAUUUCAAUAUAAUACCAUUUUUAAGUGCAGUAUUUGAAAGAAUCCUGCAAUAAUUUCUGUUCAAAACGAUACCAUUGCACUGUUGCCUCUUUUCUGGUAGGCUUUAUGUGGUAACUAACUCUGUUUAUUCACACUUCUUUUAGGUGCUGAUAUUGAUGCAUUGUGUGUUGCACCAAGGCAUGUUGACAGGAGUGAUUUUUUCACCUCGUUUUAUGAAAAACUGAAACUACAGGAAGAAGUAAAAGACCUACGGGUAUGUGAAUUACGCUAUCUAAAGAAACACAUAAGUUCCCAAAAUGUUACGAUAAUUGUACAUUAAGAACUGAGUUGAUUAUAGGCUGUUUUAAAUAAGGAUAAUGUUUCAGUGAUGUUGCAAGGUUAUUGUAAUACCUAUUUCUAUAUUGGAAUCCAAUUUCUGAUAGAAUUGCUUGCUGUUGUAAAUUCUGGUUGACGUAGAAUUAGAGUUGAAUGGAAUAAAAAAGCUAUCCUAGCCAGGCCCUUAAAUACUUCCUGUUGAAGAUCAGGUAUGAGUACUAGUCAUUGUAAAAUAUUUAUUUUUCAGGCUGUUGAAGAAGCAUUUGUUCCUGUUAUCAAACUGUGUUUUGAUGGAAUAGAGGUAAGAGUAAUUAAGACAGCUUUUGCACCACCAUCUGUUCACAUAGUCCACCAUCUAGUCACAUAGUCCACACUGAGGCCAUUCUCACAUGGAAGUUAUUUGUAUGAACAGUUGUUUCCUUUUAAGGGACAUAUACCUUGCAACGGUAACUUGUUUUUUAGUGACUGCUCAAAAAAUGCUACUUUAGUCUUGGAAAUUGUGGCAUCCAUUUCAUUUUUUUUAAAAAAAAUGAUAUUUAUUGAAAAUUUUUAGAAUUACAAAAGAGAACAAAGCAGAAAAAGAGAAAGAAAAAACAAACCACAUCAAACAAUACAAAUUCAAAAAACAAAAAUACACCACAAACACUCAAAAACAAAUCCACCAUUCUCAAAUCCUCAACUGUCAUUACCUUCUUUCUUUGACCUCCUCCUCCUCCCUUUUUUUGUAUCCUAGUUGUUAAUUGUCGCAGCAAAUCCUUUCCAUAUUUCAUAAUAUUCUGCCAUUACAUUACCUUAAUCUAUUUUAAUCUUAUCUUACUAUAAAGAACCUUAAAGCUUAAAACUUAAAUCUUAUUUUUACCAACUUCUCAUAACCAUAAUAUUCUUACAUAAUUCUUUAAACAUUUUUGCUAAAGCCAAGUAAUUUCGUUCCAACAUUCUUCUAACAUUCAUCAAUUUUAUAAAACAAUCCUAGUAGUAAAAAAAAGAAAUGAAAACAAUCCAAUCUUCAUCCAGCGUCCCUUCCUCCUGGUCCCGGGUUUUGUCAGUCCUUAUUAUCCCAUCGAUCUAGCGCAUUAACCUGAUAACCUUGUAUCCGAGGCCCUUAAGUCUCUUCCAUGUCCCUUCCGCAGCUCUUCUUCAUAUUUAUAACUGUAUUUUCCUUUGUCUCCUGCUCCUUUCACUCGUGGGAACUCCAGCUUAACAAUGUUUUUGACCCUUCUCGACAAAUCAGCCCCUUUUCCAUAGUCCACACUAAACUCCAUGUGGUAUUUAAGAACAUGUUUCAAAAUCCCUCCAAAAUUAAGAGCCCCCACAACCCCAAACAUCUCACGGCCCAUUGCCAGACUUGAAAGGUCCAAACAUGCCUGCAUAGGGGGGUCUAUCCAACCCCCAUUUCCAAACCAAACCAAACUUUAUCUUUCCAAAUCUGGCUUUUUCCAAGUUCAUUUGUCAAGUCCAAAAGCUCAUGUUCCUGCUGGGCCUCAGCUCCCUUCAUCUCUGGCGCCCAAGAUUCAGCAACAUCCUCUUCCCUCAUCUGUUCUGUCAGGGCACACUCCUGAUUUAAUUCCUGGGUGGGCUCCAUAUAAUUUCCCACUGCCUGUUCAAAAUUUCUGAUCGCAUCAGUCAUCAAGUCCGUCUUCUCAUGUAGCUGUUCCAGUAGGGCAUUUGUUUUACAGAAAGCACGCAACAGAGCUUCUGAAUACAUUGUCCUGCAAGGUCAGAAGUCUAUUCCCACAAUUGUAAUCUGUAACAGCUGCAAGUUCCCCGGAGUUGAUUACAGUUUCACAGUCUCCCUCUAGGGGGAAAACUUCUAUUCGUUCUUUCUUUUAAAGACAAGUCUAACAACAAAGUUUCCUUUUUUCAGAUAUUUUGUCAAUAUUUGUUCCUUUAAAAUGCGAAGGGGCACAAUGGAAUCAAUAUUUCUCUUCUUAUAGCUAUCUGUCAAAAACGUUUGUCUCUGGUCAAUGAGCUUCAAAAAAUGUCAGUCCUGACACCCCGCUCCAGGAUCAGGACGGUGGAAAGUUAUUUUACUUUACACUCACUUCUGCAGGUUUAAACAGUCCGAAAAAAUCCCCCCUCUUCUCCUGCUUCCGAAGGGGGUUCAACAAUUUUAAAUGAUGAAAGUUAAUCUUUUACAAGCGAUUUUCUGAGCUCUAGUUUGCCAUGUCUUUGCUUUAAUCUAUCUACAAAGAAACGGAAGGCUGACUUCCUGUUUAGACCUUCCCGUUUCAGUGUCAAAUUGAGGUAAACUUUUAAGUCCAAUUUUCCUUUCUGCUCGCAAGUCCUUAUUUAAAGUCCAAUUGUCCAAAAUUUAAGUACUCACGGGUGAUUAUUUUAGAAGCCAAAUUGUCCCAGGAAAAGGCAGCGCUCUCCGGCAACGGCUGUGCGGCUUCGCUCCACGGAAGAAGCAGUUGACUCUCAGCACCGCGCCACUUCCCCCUCUUUGCUCCGGAGCCUGUUAGUGGGUUCCUUUGCGGGUUGGGGGGGCGCUAAAGGUGCCCGCUGAGUCCCAUGGUCACAGGCUUCAUCCGCCUGUGAUUUUUGAAAGGGUCCCCGCUUCGCCGUAGCGGAAAAGACCCGUUUCGCGUGGAGCUAGUCCCUCCAGAUCAGAGGGAGUCCGCCAUUGCCGAUGGCGCCACCCCGGAAGUCGGAAAUUGUGGCAUCCAUUUCAGAUUCUAUUUCAGAUAUUAUUGUGCAGCUUGAAGCAGUAAGAUGCAUAAAAAUUGACCCCACUUGGAAUAAAAAGUGUCCAGACCCAUCCACAUAUACAGUCCCCAGUACAGAAAGAUGCUGUUGCUUGUAGCAGCUCAUUCACAGUUCAUUGCAGUCCCAAAACGUUUGCUUGGGGUCUAUUGCCAAGCGUGAAAUAAUGUUACUGAUUAAAUGCAUUCUUCCCAUUGCUGCACACUAAAAUGCUCCCCAAUUUGUCAACAAUAUGUCUUACAUGCUAUGUAAUACCUUUGUAAGAAAAAGAUCAUGCUGCAGUUAGCUGCUGCCUUUUGUGUCGUUGUUGCUGCUUCUGCUCCCCACCAUUAGUCUCGUACAUGCACAACAGGUCAAGGGAACUCCAGGGUUCAAGUGGGCAGCCUGGCCGAGUGAGCCGACAGGCAAAUGGUCAAGUAGAGCAAGUGAGCAGACCGGCUUUCACACACACCCUGUUGUCACUAUUACCGUGAUAGAGGAUGAAAGUCUUUCUCUGCUUAGUCCAUCGCCACCAGUAGGAAGUGUACAUUUCAAAAUGCAUGAUUGUUGGUGGCAGAGCAUGGUGAAGGAGCGAAAGACUUUCCUCUUCUUUUCCCUUUUUUCUCUAAGUGAUGACAGCAGCAGGACCUUAGGAUUUGGGUGAGCUGCUAGAGGAGGGGAAGUUUGGAGCAAGCAGUGAAGGGAUGAGGAUUGGGCAAUGGUGGGAGUAAUGGGUAGGCAAGGGUGGGUUUGAAGGAGCUGGGAGCUUGGCAGGUGAAAUGUAAUUGGAAGGAGGGCAGCAGUCCCGAGUUCAUUAAUAUGAUGCAAACUUGUGUCCUUGGCAAAUCCUUACUUUACUAUGAGGGGUAAAUGAGGAUUCUUUUUCUUCUGUCUCAUAAUUAAUUAUAAAGCAGUGGUGAUGCAGCAGUUUAAAUUUGCAUCCAGUGUCCAGAGAAGCAGGUGAUCCUGAAAUCACUGGCUAUACAAACUGAGAAACUAAGCAGCACUGUCUCUACAAAGUACAUUUUGUGGACUUUUUUUUUAAAAAAAAACCACAACAGUUCGUAGACUUAAUGAUUAGCAUAACAAUGGAAUGAUAACAUACUUCACUUCUUUGUUCUUGCUUAUUUUAGAUUGAUAUAUUGUUUGCCCGAUUAGCACUUCAGACUAUUCCUGAAGACCUAGACCUUCGAGAUGAUAGUCUUCUUAAAAAUUUAGACAUUAGAUGCAUACGAAGUCUUAAUGGUAAGUUAUAAUUUCAUUUGGUAUUCUUUUUUAUAAUUGAGAAGGUAGCUUUUUUGAAACUUCAUACCAAUAUCUCCUGUGGCAACAGAAGAUACUGCAUAUUUCAUUAUUGCAUAAUAGUUGUUCAGCAUACAUUGAUUAAAAGUGUAAUAAUUGUUAAAGUAGCUGUCAAAACACUGUUUAGAGGUAGUUUUAAUGACAUUGUUGCACACUGCAAGAAUCUGAAUUCUGCUGACCUUCCUUUGCAAAGAUAAUUAGUCUGUUCAAUGUUAACCAUAGACAGAAUUAAGGUUGAUUGAUGUAUAAGUGUGUGUAUGUUUUCCCAUUCCUUAAUAUGGCUUGAGGCAAACAUACAUAUCACUCUAUGCAAUUUCAGCUCUUAAUUUUGUUCAGUUACAAAGUAUCUGAAUUUGUGCUUAAAUCAGACAGUUCAUUUAAUCUGUUUGGGUUGUAUCUAAGAGUUGUCACUCAGCUGUCAGAGAAAUUGAGAGAAAAGCAAUCUUGGGGAUCCCCUGCACCCCCCUCUUCUUAUAUCUGUGUCCCUCCCAGUUCCACUGAUGGAAGCCUUACUGUCAGCUAAGCAAAAUGGCUAGAUAUAACCCUGUGUAUCCCAGUCCCACAAACAAUUUGAGAUAACAUAAAGUAGUGCAAUAAUUUGCAAUGGGAGUCAAGCAAGGGCUUAACAAAGGCAUAAAUUCUCAUUGAUACGGAAUGGUGGAGGUGCUUGAUGUGACACAGAAAUGCAGAAUUGGCUGUAACUAUGCCUUACUGUGACAAUUGUAUAUGCUGAAUUACCAUCUUUCAGGUUAUAGUAUAGCACAAUAUUAUGUUGUGAUCUUAUAACCUUUAUUGUGCAUAGCUUUGUAUUGGUUAGGCUAAAAAAUAAUUAGGCUAAAAAAGACCCCUCUUCUGAAAAAAGCAAAGUAAUCCCAAAACUCUCCAGUUUUGUCUAAUGUCUUUUCUUUAAUAUUAAUGAUGGAAAAAUGGUUUCUGUUUUCUAGGUUGCAGAGUAACCGAUGAAAUUCUCCAUCUAGUACCAAAUAUUGACAAUUUCAGAUUAACACUGAGAGCUAUCAAACUAUGGGCUAAACGUAAGUGGGGUUUUACAAAAUGGAUUUUUAAAAAAUGCUUAUUUCCAGUUGAAUGAAAGUGACUAAAGUUGUCUUGUCUUUUAUCUCUACAACAACAGGGCACAACAUCUAUUCCAAUAUACUAGGUUUCCUUGGUGGAGUUUCCUGGGCUAUGCUAGUAGCAAGAACUUGCCAGCUUUAUCCAAAUGCAAUAGCAUCAACUCUUGUACAUAAAUUUUUCUUGGUAUUUUCUAAAUGGUAUGUCUUUUUAGAUUACACUAAAAUAAAAUUUAUUAUAGACCCUGAAUUUUAGUGUUGUUUCUAUGACAUUCCUUCAGAUGGUGUCAGGUUAACAAGUUUACUCAUAGGAAUAUUAAUCACCCUUCCGAGAAAUUGCAAGACACUUGUCAGGUUUUAUUUUAUAGUCCUCAGUGCAAAACAUCUACUUACAUUAUGUGAGGCACUUAAACACAUGAGCUCUUGUGGAGCUCUGGCCUUUUUGUGUGGCUCUAUCCAUUUUAGGGCUAAUUGAGCAAAGGGUCACAGACAGCAUUCAUACCUAGUCUGAACGGGUUGGUGUGUUAAAAUGGGAACUCUUUAAGGUGAACAGCAUUUGCCAGUUCAUGUAUGAUGUGAUUAUGCUACAUGUUUAGGGGAAUAUCUGGGAUAAGUGAACUGCCUGUCUUCUAAAGCACAAAAAAUAUUUUGCAUAACUGGAAUUAUUUCCAUAUACAAGAAUUAACAAAUUUCUGCAUGUGCUCUCAUAUAGAGAUGAGAUUUCAAAUUAAAAGUGCAGAGUUCAUUGCACAACACAUGCUAGCUGCCCAUAAUCUGAAACCUUCUUGGAACCUUUGAAGAUUUGAUUUUUCUAAUGUUAAUUUGCUGAAUUCAAUUGAUAGUAGCACCUUGGCUCAUGUGCUGCUGCUGCAUGGUUUCUCUAGGAAAAACUGAUAUGUUUGGGGGAGCUGUGCCUGUAAAAAUACUAAAUUUAAAAUGUACAUUGCACCGAUGCACUAUUGGUACACAAGGUUUCAAUAAAUAAUCCGGCUGUUCCAAAUACUUCUAAGGCCUAAGACAAAUGGGUAGCAUAGUGUGUGUGGAGUAUAAUCUAGAGUGGCACUUCAAACUUGCAAUAAGGAUAGCUUCUUAAAACGAAUAACUUUAUGGACAGAAGAGCUGACGCAUUGAAGAUACCAUUUUUUUAAAAAAUUAAUACUUCCUAUCAGUCCUAGGAUCAGUUUGCACAUAACACCAGUGUCCAAGGGUCAGGGGGUCUCUUAAGCAAAGACACAAUUUAUAGGGAGACAUUCUACAUGCAUUUGCCAAAUUAUGUGGAGUGUCCAUACUAUUGGUAUCUUGCUGCUGUCUGUUGUUACCCAUCCUGAACAUGACGAAUGAGAUGGAUUCCAAAUAUUCAAAUAAUAAAUAUUUCUAGCAUAACAAUAGCCCUAAAGAAGUAUGCUCUAAAGGUGUAUCCAUUUGAAGAUGAAUGGCUAAAAACCAAACCUUAAGCAUUUGUCAGUUAAGUGCUAUGAAAGUUGUUUGGAUUGAAGGGAAUAAAACAAAAUCCAUUCCUUAAGAAAGCUGGUUAGGCAGUUUUCUUUGAAAAAAGCUUCAUCUGAUUCUGCGUCUGGUGUAUAAAAUGAAGGCUCACAUUCAAACAUGCUUGCUUGUUGUUAUAAAUAAGUGCUUUUCUUACUCAGUGCUACAAUCUCUCUAAACAGGGAAUGGCCAAAUCCAGUGCUAUUGAAACAGCCAGAAGAAUGCAAUCUUAAUUUGCCUGUAUGGGACCCAAGGGUUAGUGUAUUAUUUUUUCCCCCUAUAAGAUCAAACUGCUUAAAACAAAUUGCUUAAGCCCUAAGGAAUCUACCUUUGUUACAAAUACAAAUACUGGUUAGUUUUACUUUCUCUGUAAAAUGUAGGCUGUCACUUAAUUUUGUCCCAAGUUUUUACUUGAAGCCUUCUCCUCCCCCCACCCCCAUUUUUGGCCUCGGGAUUUCUCUUUUUUGCUGUAAAAUUCCCCAAAUGCAGUCUUAAAAAUGUGAAUACAGUGGUAACUCUGGUUGCGGACAGGAUCCGUUCCAGAGAUCCGGUCGGAUCCUGAGGUGUCCGCAACCUGAGGACCACUUCUGCGCAUGCGCAGACUGCUUCUGCACAUGUGCGUGGGGCGAAACCCAGUAAAAUACUUCCAGGUUUGCUGCGCACGCAUCCCGAAGUUUAUGUAACCAGAGGGUUACAUAAACGGAGGUUCGACUGUAUACUUAAAUUGGGUAUUGCAUCCGUUUAUUCACUCUAUGAUUUCUGUGAUGACCAUAGAAAGUUGGGCCAGUACUGUACACUUAUGCCAUAGGUGUCUACUCUGUAGGCAGGUGUUUAUACUAAACCAAGAAUAGUAAGUAGCUUUUUUGCCAUUAGUUUUUCCCAUUUUUCCUUUAGAAAACUCAAGUUACUUUCACGGGACUCCCAGUAAUCUUCUAUCUGGCACUGAUUAGGGCCACAUCUCCUUAAUUUCAGCAGUACUAUAGGAUUACUUGCACCUGGGCUCCUGCAAGAAUUACACGUCAUGUAUUAUAAAAUAGGGUAUUUUUCUCCCUAUUGAAUGUGGCUAUCACAAUCGAGUUCUGGGCUUGCUGAAACCCAGUUGGAUAUCAGAAUUGUGACUACACAGUGCGUGGAAUCGGAGCCUGUUGGUUGACCAACACAAGCAAAAAUUGGUGUAUAUGAAGACUGUACAGUUCGUUUUCAAUAAAAAGUUUACUUUAAUAAAAGCCCACAUCAGAUGUUAUGAUUGUUUUUUGCCUUGUUAUCCUUUGGCAUAUGAGCAGUAUGUAACGCAAGUCCUUUGUACUCCAGUAGCUAAAGAAAACCAUGUAAGGAAAUGGUAGGGUUUCAACUUAAAAUAAUUACAACUUUAAAAGUAUUGACAUGCAUCUGCACAUUUCCUUCCUUCAUCAAACAUACUGUUCUAAAUAAAGGAUAUGUUAAACACAUUUGAUCCUGUUGGGUGCUUAGUUUUUUAUUUUUACUUUUUUGAAUUGGCCUCUUCAUGACAAUUAAUAUACUACAGGAAAAAAAUGCACUACAUAUUUCAAAAGGGUUGCAAACCGUAGUGUGCCUGGUAAUAAAGUUCUUCAUGUAUCAGUCAGGUAUCACUCCAGUUUCAUAAUUAUAGACAGGCUAGCAUUCAGUAAAGGUGCAAUUGGAAAACAGAUAAUUAAGUUUAAUCUGCUCUUAAAAAUAAGUCACUUUUCCUGAGUUUGAAGUAGGCUGCCAGUAUUAAUUACGUCACGGACGUCACUAGUGGUAUAUAACAUAGGGAUUUUUUUUUCAGUGGACAGAUCCACAUUUUUUAACUUAAAUGUGAUUGAAGAAAACUGAUUGGCUGUUAUUAUAUGUAGGUAAACCCCAGUGAUAGGUACCAUCUUAUGCCUAUAAUUACACCAGCAUACCCCCAGCAGAACUCUACCUACAAUGUGUCCGUUUCUACACGUAUGGUGAUGGUUGAAGAAUUUAAGCAAGGUAAGGAAUUCUGAACAUCUAUUCCUGAAAGAAUGAAAAUAACCCUCCUUAGAUUUUGUGUGUGUUGAUAGUUUGGAUCCAGGCAUUGUGCUAAUGCUUAUCUAGUAGCUUUUUCUAAUUGUAAAAGCUUUUAGAAAUAGCAUUUCCAAACUAAUUGGAAAGCAGCAAUUCUUAAGUGUGGCUUCUUAUCCAGCUUCAGCUUUUCUGGGUAUUGCAGUAGCCCAGUACUCUCUUUGCUUACAGCAGCUGGGAAUAAAUAUAUGGUAGUUUGGAGAUACUGGGGGAAAAAUGGGUUCUUGGAAACUUGUUCCACUGGUAAAAUGCUGGUCAGAAAGGACGCUUAAGACAGUUUUAGUACUUGGAAAGAUGGUGUUGUAUCUUAAUUAUUUUAGCCAUAAUUGAACACGAUAAGCAAAACUUAUUUCAACGCCACUUGUACAUAGCCCGUAUAAAUGAGGUGUUUAAAAAACGUAUUUAUUGGUUUGCUGCCUUGGGCUCCUUUGGAUGGAAGGGCUGGUAAUAAUUUGAAUAAAUAAGUAAAUAGUUCAGUGAUACCAUUCAUAAUGUCCCAGGUUCAAUUCCCACCACUUCCUAUUUAAAAUAUAUAUAUUUUUCCAUUUGGAAAGAUCAAGGCAGAGAAAGAAGCUUUGGUCUGAAACUUUAAAUAAACUGUAGUUUGUUAUUUCUUAGUACAGAGUUGUAUACCACCAUCUAACUUAAAUUAUGAACAAACUUUCAAAAUUAUCUCCAUAUGGGGCAGGCUGAUAGCUCAGGGAUACAGCACUUUCUUUGCAUGUAAAAGGUUCCAGGUUCAGGAUCUAUCAUUUCCAGGUGAGGCUGGAAAGCUUGGAGGGCUACUAGGCAGUCAGAGGUGACAUUGCUGACCUAGGUAGGCUAAUGGUCUGACUCAUUUGGCUUUCAUUGGGUAGCUGUAUUUUCAUUUAUAUGCUCUUAACUCCUUGUGUUCAGUAAACUGUUGUUCCGAUGAAGAAAAUAAUAUAUGAAAAGGCUGAAAUGUGUUUUUAUAAUUCAGGUCUUGCUAUCACAGAUGAAAUUUUGCUGAGUAAGGCAGAGUGGUCCAAACUUUUUGAAGCUCCAAACUUCUUUCAAAAAUACAAGUAUGUAUUUUAUGGCAUGAAAGAUGUUUUAUGAGUAUUUUAACACUUUCACACUCAUUUAAACUGGCUAACUUUAUUAGCAAUAGUUAUAGUGGACAGAUGUGAUAACCCUGCUUUGCACGACAUUGAUCAAAUUUUACCUAAAUAUGAUGGGACAUGUAUGCAUUUCAUUUGAAUGUAAGAUAUUUGUGGCUUCUAAUCAUUUACUAGUAAAACACUUUUUAAAAGUUACCCGCUAAAUGCAAACACUCUCUUCUGGAGGAUUUCUUGAGACUUGCCAGGUAUUUUAAGAGUUCCUAAUAAGAAGAAAGCUUCUUGACUGUUUCUUGUAUUUGGGUGAAAGUUGUAACAUAGUUUAUUUUAUUUAUUUUUAAACUUACCUUAUUUGCCCUUGGUUAAAACUGGUCAGAUGGCCACUCCAAGCUGAAACCUAAACAUUUUCUGUAUUGGGUGGUUAUGUAUUAAUCUAAACAAAAUGACAAUGCAGCGUUUCACCCAUUAAAAGAAGACUGAUUAUCAUGAUAAUGCGUCUGUGUUUUGAUUCCUCUAACUCUUUGCAUUACAAAUGCUAGAAUCUUAAACAAAUUUUGGGAGGCUAAUCCACUUUGUGUCAAAAUGGAAAAUGAGCGUGCACACCUCUGGUAUUCCAAGGAAUAUUGAAGAUGUUUCUCUUAACACCUCAUUUUGACAAAGUGGAAGGAAUGCUAGGACUAAUUUAUCAUGAAGUAAACCUUUCUUAUCCAUCAGUUAUAAAUGAUAUGAGUGUCUCAAUUGUCAUAGGUUUCUUAAUUCAGGUGCUGCAUAGAUUUAAAAAAAACAAAAACAAAAACCUAAUUGCAGUAGGUUUUCUGACCAUCAAGGAAGAAAAAUGGAUUUGGUAUAUAUUUAGUGUUAUCCAGAUUUUGAAAUUGAAAGGUUGGAUAACUAGGUCAUGAAUACUUUGCCCGAAACAUAAUAUUCAGUCUUCUCCCUGUCUGGUUCCUAUAUGUGUUGUCACUUAUAUAGCAAUAUAAGCAGAAAUUUCAUUACAAUACAGGUAUAUGUGAAAGAAGUUACGUUAAAAUCCAUGAUAUUAAUUUGAGAAGAUGUUUUAGGAUCCUGCCAGUGCUAAAUCACCUUCUUGUCUUCCAGCCGAUGCAUGAAAGAUUAGCAUACACACAUUAUUUAAUAUUAAUUUCCUUUGGUAAAAAACAACAACAACAUUGUGAGAAAAUGAAAUAAAGUAGCCACUAAGUAUGUUUGGGGGUUAAAAACAGAGAUCUAAUUGCCAGACCAGCAUGAUCAGUGGCUGUAAAAAGAAGGCUAAUGAGUCAAAUGCAAAAUGUUGAUGACUAGGUGUUCAAUCAGGAAAGGGAAGCCUGUGGCAUUCCAGAGAUUGCUAGACUAUAGUUCCCAUUAUCCCUGAUCAUUAGCAUUGGAGGCUGGAACUAAUGGGAAUUGCUGUCUAAGAACAUCAGGAAGAUCAGUGGUUUCCCAUCUAUCCAUUAAAUUAAGGCAGCAAAUAGCAGGCCAGCUAACAGUUUCCAUCAAGGAAAAUAUUUCUAAUGAUAUAUGAUAUGAUAUACUAUGAUAUAUGAUAAAUCCAUGUCCCUGACUCUUGACACCAUUCAAAAGGUCAGAAUCCAGAGAGUUCCUUUAGCGAUUCCCAAGAGCUUGUGUAUACCAGUGGCACUCUGGACAGCAGCUCCCCUUGCAGUAAAGGAUGAACAUGAAUUAGUCUGUUUUUCCUCAAAUUGAUUCACCAAAAAAUUCAGAAUAGGAAUUUCUAGAUGUCGCCAUAUGAUCACUUUAGAAAGGUCUGUUUAAAACAAACAAACAAAAAAACCUUUGGGUUCGUAAUUAUUCUAGUAAUUAUUCUGUAGACAUUUAUAUACUGCUUAAUUAUUCACAUUUCUAAGCUGUGUACAUAAAACCAAUCCACAGAAAAUGGGUCAAUAAAGCAGUACAAACUAAUCAUAGAACCAAGUACAAUCUUAAAAUGCCUGCUGGAACAAGAAAGUCUUAAGUCAUGCGCUCUCAAGCUCAGCAAGGAGGGUAGCCUGUCUAAUCUCAGUUCAGAGGGAGUUCCACAGUCUUGGAUAAUGGUUUGAUAAAUCCUGGGUUGUAGAGUUGGAAGGAGACCCUGAGGGUCAUCAAGUCCAACCCCCUGCAGGAAUCUCAACUAGAUCAUACAUGGCAGGUGACCAACCUCUGCUUUAAAACGUCCAAGGAAGGAGAGUCCAUCACCUCUCGUGGGAGUCUAGUUAUAAAAAUUUGAAGCCCCAGCCCUGACUACAGUGUUGGACUCCAGCUGAAAAGCCUACAUGCCAACUAAUAAGAAAUCCAACUGUAUUGCUUGUCAGAGUUGUCUGCAUUUCUACAAAUUAUGCUGACUGCAGUCUAAUCUUCAAUAAACUGUUGUGCACACUAGAUCCAUAAUUUAUCUAGAUCAGAUUUUUUUGAUCAGGGUGUUUGGUAGCUACACAUGCAGCUAAGUAAACCAUGUUUGUUCUCCAAAUGCCAAUUUCUCAUCUGUGUGCUUACAGAAACCAGCUAAAGCUUAACUCCAAAUGUUUAUGGUUAUAAUAGAAACAGUUUGAUUGGCCUAUUUAGGAGACUGGUAUUUAAAGUUGCAGUCAACAAAAAACACACUCUUAAGAAUCACCAUAAUUUUAAUUCCACCAGUAUUCAUAUUGUAAAAUGGUUUUCAGAAAGUGUCCUUUGCCCUUCAGAUAGCUUUGCAAAUUAUUUCAUACUGUGACAUAACUUUUAAAAAAACUGCUUCUAGCAUUUUAAAAAUUAUAUUUUUUAUUUUCUGUUGGUAUAUUAUGAGUUAUAUAUUAUUCCUGUGAAAAACAACAACAAUUAGACUGCUACUGUGGGAGGAAGAGCCACUUAAUGAUGACAUCCACUCAGAAAAGAACCUGUACAUAUUGGCACCAAGAUGCUCAAGCCUCCAUUAUAUUUAAUUUGUGUGUAUGAAAAGAUUCCAGACCUUGGCAAUUUCCCCCUAUUUUUAUUUUAAUACUAACCUUAAGAGCUGUAAACUGGGACUUGCUUAAAUUGCUAUUUAUAACAAUCUGUUGUUAACGUGCAUGUUUUUGCACCAGUUUCUAAGAAUGGAGUUACAGGUUCUGAUAAGAUUCUGCUUUCUUACAAAGAACCUUUCUGAAAAACACAAGUUUUAUUCUUUUUAACAUGUCCAACAAGCCCACAUUUGCAAAUCAAUAUUCCCAGUCCUGGGGUGUGUUCAGGAUUGGCAUGGAGCAGAACUCUACAAAAAUGGGUGCUCCUGCAGGAGGAAGAGAGACAGUAUUCGCAGGGAUCAAGUAAAUCAUGUUUGCUCAAUAGAGGCCAGUUCCCCCUUCAUUCCUAUAGCCCUCUGUCCACAAAAAUCUGCUCCCAAGUGUUGCAGCACCCUCUGUAACAGCUGAGGGCCUCAUGGAAAAAGGCAAAAACUGCCACCCUCUGCCCAUGGGAGUGUCCAGUUUGUGGAGCAGGAGCCUCUGCUGGAUCCAACUCACAAAAGUGGAUGAACAGCAGAUCUAGAUCCAACUGCCUGCUUGCUUUGUAAUGCUGCUGUGGGGGCAGUAUAUGCUGGAGCAGUUGGUGAUGUUGAAUUCUUCCACCUCAUUCUCCCCUGAAAAUCUCCCUUGAUCUGGCAGUUUUGCAAGGGAGGAAGGGUGGUAUAUAAAUUGUAUAGAAAAAUAAAUAUUGAGCUGCGGCUCUUCCGUCUAUAUUAAAGUCUAAUCGGCACAUGCGGAGAGUUUGCUAAAUUCUGCUUUGUGCAUUGCACUACUGCAUCCUGCCACAGGUGUUCUCAUAGACCACGUAGAAAUCAUGUGCCCACAAAUGCAGUAUUUUAUUUCAAUAGUAAAGGGAUAGCAUUGUUGGCACACAACUGAACGAUACUGCCGCUUCGUACACAGCAAAACACAUUUGGUAUUUCGGAUUGGAAUCUGUAUUUAGGAUUGAGGUGUCACUUGAGCCUUGCAAAGGCUCUGCUCAUUCAUGUAGUAUUCCAGGACUAUUUUGAUUCUUUACCAGUCUUAUCACAGUUCUUGGUAUGGAUCAUGGGGGUGCCUAAUAUUUAGAAGAGCAUUUAUUAACAGUGCACUGUAAAAAUAACACCUGCCUGCUUCUUUUGAUUAAAAAUACAUUUAUGUUACCCUUCCCAAUAAAGUCCCCCCACCCCAUUAUGAUUUAUCCCUGUUUGCUCUCAGUUACAGUUACGUGGCUGGUGAGUGUAUUUCUGUUGAUUCUACUAAUGUUAUUAGUUAAUACAUUUUUGACAAAUACAACUCUUUCAGAUAAAUGUUAACAACUUAAUAACUUCUAAAGGUCACCUGAAUUUUAAUUGUAGCUUAGACAUAAUGAAUAUUCACUUCCCAUUGACUGAAGCUAUGAAGGCAUUGUUAAUCUUACAAUGAGAUUUCGUUUAUUGGAAAUUCAUGAGGUGUUGAAAAUAUACCAGUUAUAAUCUGAACUUUCAAAAUCAAGAUCGUAUACUAUGUUUGUUUUUUUAUCUUCAAAGGCAUUAUAUUGUACUUCUAGCAAGUGCACCAACAGAAAAACAGCGACUAGAGUGGUGAGUACGUAGCCACUCCCUAUGCCUCCUUCCCCUUUUAAAGUUAACAUUUCAUUUGGAUCAUUGUUCUUGUUUUUAUUUUGAUUAUAUGUUUAGUGUUUUUAUAUUGUGAUUUUAUCCUAUGAACUGCCCUGAGACCUGUGGUUCUUAGGGCGGUAUAUAAAUUUAAAUAAUAAUAAUAAUUAGUGCAUAUUCUAAGGAUGUGAAGAUGUUUCAGGCUGCACAAGUCACUCUGAAGGAGCAGAUGGGUUCAGGACCACCUGUCUUAACACAGAUGCUAAUUAGAGCUAUCAGGAACUCCUGCCUUAAAAUAUAAUGGAACGGGAAGGGCAUGCUAGGCUGAGCUUGAUGAAGCACUUUUUCUGAGUUAUUCAUAGGCUAGCAAUUAAGUGUUUUCUCAGUCUAAUCUGUGACUUGAAAGCCUUGCAAACCAGGGACUGAGGGAAAGUGCCAUGAAGGCCAUGAUAUUUUCUCUCUCUUUUUCUUGAAUGCUAUUUUACUCCAAAAAAAGUAGUAUAAAACUUUUAAGUAGAGCAAAUAUUUUAGAAUGAUAAUGCACCUUAGGGUUUGAUUUGUAGCUCACUAGAAAUGCAAAAGCUGUGUUAUAGUUUACAGCCUUUGCUAAGCCAUUGUUGAACCUGCUGCUACUGCACAGGCUUCCUUAAAAUUAAGGGACACAGAGAGCUCAAUCCCUAUAACCUUAAGUUAACUCCUAGAUACCUGUGUAUAGUAUCGUAGUAUUAGGAUUAUGGGGAAGAGUCUAUGUUGCAGCAUUUCCCCUCUUCUCUUUCUAGUAUAAGCAGUUCAUUCAGUUUUUAAGAGCACUUUUGGGGCUAUUCUGAGAGUUUUCAGUUCUGCAUGCCAAAAUGUUUAAUAUUAAUGGGAUGGCUGGCAGUGGGGCGGGGGUCAAAAUCCAGAAACAAAUUGUAGGUUUAAAGUUUUAUUUAGGAAUAUAAAAGCAAAAAGGACAAAUGUUUACAGAAGGUCUUUUAAUCCUUUUAACAGAACGAGAAAGAAGCAUUUUUUGCCCAUUCCCCCUACAUCCUUUUUGCCACCUCCCACACUGUUUGAAGGGUUUCCCCAACCUCCUUGAGUUGUGAACGGAACUCUGUUCAUGGCAUCUCUGGAUACUAACCCAUAGUACACAUAGUAAAAAUUAUUUCAUUACAUGUUUCAUUACCUCCCAGUUUUUGUGUGUGUUUCCAGUACUAAUAUAAUUGGAGCUUCCUUUUCUCAACUAGAAAAAGAGUAUCUUUACUUGCAAUACUCAGUAUUAACAAGCUUAUUUUUAUUCAGGGUUGGCUUGGUAGAGUCAAAAAUCCGUAUUUUGGUUGGAAGCUUGGAGAAGAAUGAAUUCAUCACACUGGCUCAUGUAAAUCCUCAGUCAUUCCCGGCACCCAAGGAAAAUCCUGACAAGUAAGGCUCUUAAUAAGACUGUUGGCAGAAACUUCUUACUGAAAGUGAAGGGGUGGGAAUCAGGCUUACUGUUAGUAUUGUCAAAUGCUUUACCAAGAUUUACACUUCUUUUAAUAUAAAAACAUCAUUCAGAAGAGGAACUCUCUUGUUCUUUGUCAAUACAUACAGGAAAUGGAAACCAUUAGAAAGAUUGAUGCUGUGCAUGUUAAACAAUAUAUAGUUUAAACUACCUCUACUGUGUUACAAGUGCUGGUUUAGAUCCAGAAAUGUACUAGCAGAAAAAAUAUAUAACAUUUGUGCUGAACUGUUGCACAAGAGCUAGCUUGAAGACACUAGCCACAUUUGCACAUAAUGGGAAACCAAACUUUCUAGGCCUUGUUUGCAAAAGGGCACCUCUGGUUCUACCUUCCUGUUAUAGAUCAGGCACCAGACAGUCCCAGCUGAAAACAUUUAUUGUCGUCAAAACAGUCAAAUGCUGUUGUGUAUCUAUUUUUGGAGAGGCAUUGCUUGUUGCAAAUUACUUAAGACCAAAAUCAGUGGUGCAGUUUAUGCACCUGAAAGGUAAAAAUAAUAAAUGGGGGGGGGGGGAGGGUUUGCAUCACAUUGAAGAAAAUCACACUAAUGAGCUGGAAUUCUAAUGUGGAUCUAAAACUCAGAUUGGCAAACUUGGCCUUCUAUUGAACGUUACAUUUAGCAUAUUCUCUUUUGUAAAUCAGAAGUAGAUCUAUUAUGACUUAAAGUGAAAUAUUCCUAAGACCAUGACGUUUCUCAAGUUAUUCAGGUUUUUUGUGACUGUAUUAUGGCAUCCAAUAUGAUUUUUUCUGUGGCUGGCCACUGAAGAGUAGCAGUAAUUAAUUAAUACUAGUUGGAAAUGGUUGGUUACUGAAAGGUGUAUUUUUAGAAUUUUCUGCUGUUUUCAUUUGUGAUGGUAGUUUUUACUUUAUUUUUAUUUUUUUCCAGGGAAGAGUUUCGUACAAUGUGGGUGAUUGGGUUAGUGUUUAAGAAAACUGAGAACUCUGAAAAUCUGAGUGUUGAUCUUACAUAUGACAUUCAGUCUUUUACUGACACUGGUAAGCUUGACUCAUGGAAAUUGUUCUAUCUCUAAAAAUAUGACAGCUAAGUUAAUUGUGAUUUGCCUUGGAUCACAGAUGUCCUUGCAGUUACUGACAACUGCUAGCAAAAUAUUUUCCUUCAAAACAAUUAUUUCAACAUUUGUUGGUAUAAAUGGUCUGAUCCUGUGACCAGGGCCAGUAGUAACCAUUGUAGCAAAGUUGGUCUCACCCUGUGCUGCAGCUUCCACAGUGGACCAGUUGUCUGUAUCCCAUCUGAAUCAUAACAUGCAAAAUAGUCACAUAGCAAUAUUAAAACUUGUUGGUUCUCUGUGAUCAUCAUAGUGGCAGUUAGUGAGGGCUGAAAAGGCAGAAUGCUGUCCACUUUUCGACAUUGCAAAAAAGGGUUAACUUGCAAAGAAGCUUUUAUUUAAAAGAUAGAAAUGGAGAAUUGUGAAGCAAAAAAGACCAUUAAGAGGCAGCCUGGAUCGAAAGAGCUCUAAAGUUCAGGCUUCUCUUGAGAGAGAUUCCACUUCUGAAGCAUUGUUUAUCAUAGCAAGGCAGUACAGGAAUUUCCAUUCUUACACUAACAUCCCUGUGCUAAGGUUCACUGACACUGAACUUCCUUCUUUCCAGCUUCCAUAUUGCAUUGGAGUUAUAGGAAGGUGUCAUGUUUUCAUAGUGGAACACUAGUCUCUCAUCUUGCUGUUAAUACCAACUCCCACUUCCAGUGCCAGUUCACACUGCAAACAUAUGACUUCCCAAAGAGGAGUUUGCAGCUCCCCCACAGUCCUUAUAGCUGCCAAACUAAGCCAUGGCUUGUGGUUAGUGAGGAGAGAUCGUAACCACAAGACCAAAUUCAGAUAACAUGCCAAGCCAAACCUUGGCUUAGUGUGACAGUAAAAAGGUCUGGCAGGGAGUAGCAAAGUGGCUAAGAGCAGCUCUUUGGGAGUGUUCUUCUUUGCACUGCCUUGCUAAACCGUAAAUUGUUGUAUCAGGCCCAUAAUUUUGCAGAAAAAAAUGUGUUUAUGUAAAUAAGUCUAUAUGAUUAUUUUGUUUUGCAUAAAGCCCUUGUGAAAUGCUGCUGCAGAGAAUUUCAGGGCCAGGUUUUCGGGGGACCAGAGAGGGGGCUUAGAAAGAGCAGGGGGAGCUGCAAUGUGUCCUGUGAUUUGGUGGUGCUAAGAGAGGAAAACAGAUUUGCAGGAGCAACCACAUUGCUAGUAGCAGUGUUGAAGUUUAAAGAAGGCAAGAAGGAAAAGAGGCUUCAUGCAACAUUUCUGCAGAAUUACUUACACCACCUUGGUUAUUAUCUCUGUUCCCCCAGUUGUGAUUGGGUAGGUGCAGCUUUCUGAACCUGAACUAUGAGCUACAGCAAAAUCCUGUUAACUUGCUAGCCAUGGGAGGUCAGUCUGGGAAGGUGGAUAACCCCGUCCCUUAGCGUCUGAGCAAUGUGACCCUGCCUACAGCCAAGAGGAGGUGCUAUACAAGAUGUAACAACUCUUUUUCUUUGCCACCUUGGGAUAAACUUUGAGGCAAAAAUAGUAAAAAUCACAUAAUGCCUUUUGAAAAGUUAGGAGAAAGGCAUUUGGCAUGAUGAUGCGGCACUGUGCAUAUUCCUUUUUCUCAGGAUUGAAGAAAGUACCGUUUUUCUUUCCAAAAGCAGAAUUCUCAGGAAUGCAAAUUUCUUUCAGGACAGGCAAGUAAUGGGCUUUCUCCAACUGUAAAACAUCUUAACAGUCUUCUCGUUAUAUAGUUUAUAGGCAAGCAAUAAACAGCAAGAUGUUUGAGAUGGAAAUGAAAAUUGCUGCAAUGCAUGUUAAAAGGAAGCAACUUCAUCAAUUGCUACCUAGUCAUGUGCUUCAGAAAAAGAAAAAGGUAAAGCUUCAAAUGAACUGGCAAAUAUAUGUGUGUAUACUCUUAAUACAAGCAUAUUCUAGUAUCCCAGAUUUCUGAUGAUACUAACUUGUCAUAAAAUAUUUGUAGUCAUAAUUAUAGGAUACCCAAAUUCUCUGUAGGCAACACACUCUUCUUGUCUUCUCUGACAUGAUUCUGGGAUUAUCUUUGACUUGUAGUUUGGGUGGUAACUGCUCAGAAUUCCUGAAGCAUUUCAAGUUAGUGAAACUUGCUCAUUUUUAACAGUGGACAAGGAUUAAAAGGAACAAUGUUUAAAAAAAUCCUCAGAGGCAUUUGCAGAGAUACUGCUUUGACAUCUGUCAAUAGUGAUUUCAGCCUUAUGCAGCAAGUCUCAGACUUGCUGUAGCAGGUCUGUUGAACUUGUGAGAAAAUGAAGUUACCUUACCCCAAGUAUUAUUAUUAUUUUUUAAGUACCAGCUUCACAUAAAGUCCAGAGAUGGGCAUUGCAUAAGAAAAGGCAAAGAGGAGGGAUCACUGACCUACUGCAAACUUGGGUGUACGGAAGCAUCUAUGUCCCUAUUCAAAUGUUGCUUAUGAAGCAAUCUCAACUUUGUAAUAAGACACUUGGUCUUUUCUACUCCCCUUCAUAGUGAUAAGAAAGCAGCAUCUGAUCCAGUUUGUGCAAUGUUGCUUGCUUGCUUUUUGGCCCCCCAAAAAGGUAAAUUUUAGGAAAUAAUGGAGAAUUUUCUGAUGUGGUGUCAGUUAGACAUGCCUCACUCAAGCCCCCAUCAGGCAUUACUCUUGUCAGUGAGGGGAGGGAUUUGCACAUGUACAAAGCUUUCGUAUUGAUAUAUAGGAGAGAGUGAAUUAAAGAUAACAGGCAUGGUAUGAGCAGACUUCUCUUUCUCUGUAACCCAUCCCCUUCCCAAAUCUGCCCUGAAGGUUCUCCCACUUCCAGGGCAGAUUUUGGCAGUGCGGGGGGAAUUCCUGUUGCACCAUCGUAAGUCUGUCCUGCUGACAGGUGGCCAUAUAGGAUGUCACUAUUUUUCUGCCAAAUUACAGUAGAGUUUCUUACUGCUCCUGAAUAGCAUUUUGUGAUUUAUGGUCUCACCGAUUUCAGCAUUCGACAGAAGGGGUCAAGUUGACAGCGCUGAACGACAGCAGCCUAGACUUAUCUAUGGAUAGUGAUAACAGCACAUCUGUGCCUUCUCCUACUAGUGCUAUGAAGACAAGUCCAUUGAACAGUUCUGGAAGCUCUCAGGGGUAAGAAUUCAGCUAUCUGAUGACAACAUUAUCUAAACCACAUUUAUCUCAAAGUAAAAUUAAACAAAUGCUUGCUGGGUUUGUUUUCCUUGUCUCGGCACAUUUCCAUCUAUGCAGAACAUCCAUCCCUACUUUCAAGGUGUACUAAUUAAGCAUCGUUGCUCCUUCUUCCCAUCCUACUGUUUCAGCCACCACAACCAUAGUGCUUUUACAAGAACUUCCUGGUACUAGAGUAGUUAUUCAGACAAAAGCAAGCAUUAUUUCUCUUUAUGUUUUGUCUCCUAUCAUUGAUGGCCUGUCUCUUCUAACACUUUGUGCAGAAUUGCCAAUGAGGGUAUUUCACCAAGUUGAUGCUUUCUGAUGGAUUGAAACUUAUAUGCUGAUAAUUGUGAUUCGAGCACGUACAGAUUGUGGCCCACCAAGCUGAAUGCAGUCCCUCAGCCAUGUAUUCUGGCUUGCCAGGUUCAGCUAUCCUGUUUGUACACCCCUAGGGAGUUAGUAAAUCCAGGAGGCUUAUCAAGCCUCUCUAGAUGCUGCUGAACUAUUUGACUUGGUGAGUUGCAAGUUGUGUGGGCUUGCUUUAAUUCAUGAAUGUGUUGUGUUUUUUCAAACAAAUUAUUUUAGCAGAAGCAGUCCUCCUCCAGCUGUGACGGCAGCAUCUGUGACCAACAUACAGGCUUCUGAAGUCACUGUGCCACAAACAAAUUCCAGUGAAAGCUCAGGGGGUAGGAACAUAAUAAUAUUAUGCAAAUACUACGUUUCUAAGUUGGUUGUCCAUUAAGUCAUUUUUUUCUCUCUUUAAAAUUGUUGGUGAUUUGCCACUUGGCAGAAACUUAUUUGCAGUACAAAUAUUGUCAUAUACUUUGCAACUUGUAUUGUGAAAUUACAUGCUGAUAAAGCAGCCAAAAUGCAAACAGCAGAAUUACUUUUGGAAGUUCAGAAUCUUUUAAAAUGGUCUUUGUGCUCUUCACAAUAUGGUUGCACAAUGAUUGCACAGCAGCUAAGCGGCAUUGUUCCUCUGACAAAAUCGAAGUUAUUCACCAGCUUUAUUGUCCUUGUCACCCACCCCUAAAAUAUUUUGGCAAUAUGGAAACAGAAAAUCUUAUCCUGCCCUAGAGUGUGCAUGUAAUAAAACAUGUGAAUAAUAACCCAUUAUUUAACCAGCUGUCCAGUGCUGGUCAGUAUCUUAAUGAUAGGGAAUGUGAUACAAUGGUUGUCUUUCCUCUAGACAGUAACAUAAACAAAGUUACGCUUUUGAUAAUGUCAGGUCGUCAGUAUUAGGAAUUCUCUGUCAUGGCAUUGAGAGCUCUGCCAAGGAGCCCCAGAUUUGAAACUCAGCAUAAAUACUGUGACUUAUAAAUUUGAUGUAUUGCAUGCCUUCAGAUGGCAGUAUUUCCUGCCGUGGAGCUCUGAGCACUGAAAGACAGAACUCAUGGCCGUUGAGCCUUCAGUCAUUGCUUAAAGCUCAGUAACAACAAGGUUUAGAACCUUUUUAAUGCAAUACCAGAUUUCCCAAGGGCAAGAUUAAAUACUGAAACCCAUGUUUUGUAGUAUGAUGUAUUACAUAAACGCUUGAUUCCUCCACCCCACCAAGUAGCCAUUUAAUGUUCUUGUUGAAUGCAGUUUGACCUUGAAAACUGAAAUGUCUUUGAGCAGAGCUGUACAUAUGUUGUGAUUCUGUGGGAGUGCAAAAGAAGUAUAAAGUGUUGAUUCCUGAGAAACUGGGCUCUUUUUUGUUUUUAAAGAGAACUGGUAGCCUUUUGAGACAUAAAUAUAUGUUUUAAAGUGUGCGAGCAAUGCUUGUUGAAAUCUCAGGUGCCAGAGAGGUGUGUUGAAUCAGUGAUUGAGGAUGGCCCAUAGUGUCCCUCAGCCACAUGAUUUGGAAAGCUGGAAUAAAUUGUAUAAAAAAGCAAAUUUGGGUAACAAAUAACAUACAAUAUGAAAACACUGGAGAUUUGCACAAUUUGAGAAAAUUAUCCAGGCCACAAAAUUCCUCAGUGUAGGACUUGGAUUGCUUAGGCACAGAACUCUUGAUUUAUUUAUUUUUAGUUCUAAAUGUACAGCCUUGCUCAUGGGAUUACAUGCUGAAUAUUUGAUUUCAUGGUAAUCGUUACAAUAUAUUUCCCAAGGUUCUUCAAGUGAAAGCAUUCCUCAAACUGCCACACAGCCAGCCAUCUCUCCACCACCAAAGCCUACCAUCUCUAGAGUAGUGUCUUCAACCCGUCUUGUCAACCAACCACAGAGACCUUCAGGAAACGCCACACCGAAAGUAACUAGCCCUGUAGCAGGUGUGAAGAGGACAUCAUCCCCUCAUAAAGAAGAGUCUCCCAAAAAAAUAAAGACUGAAGAGGUAAUUUUAUUUACUAUUGAUUUGAGUUUUUUUGUGUAUGCUGCCAGGAAGUGGUACCAGAACUAUAGGAUUAAUUCCUCAGUCCUGGGAACAGAGUUUUUAAAUAGGUGGUGAAUUCAUUGGUUGCCUAUGACAGCCAAUGAGAUUUCUUUGAACAAUUCAAUACAAGUGAAAAUAACAUAGGAAUUAGCAGGCAAUGCAAGCAAAAGGUUUUACACAGUUCAGCCUUCUCACUACAAGUUGCUUUUUCCAGCUAUUUUAGACAUCCUGUGGAAGAUUCCUAGGUGAUUCCAGAGUUAGCAGGGUUAGUGAGAGGGAUGUAUGUGUUAUCUGCACAUGAACAUGUUUUGGGAGAUACCCACGUAGCAAAAGUUGCUCCCAGUUCCAGUCAACACACAGCUUAAGGUCUGAAUAGUUUACUGUUGCAGUUUGUAGGCGAUGCAGAUACAGAUAUGUACAAGUGCAAAAAAUAUCUCUGCAGCUCCAGCAAUUCAAGCUGUAACAGAAUCUGUCUCACUAUCAAACACUUCUGGUCAGACUCACUCAUUUGAUCAAACCUGCAUUUGUUGUGGGGUGGGGUGGGGGGGGUGGCCUCUUGCUGAGAUGAAAAAACUUGCUUGGCUUUAGUCUGGAUUUAAGGCAGGGGUGGGGAACUUUUGGGUGGCAGAUCCUAAUCAGGACCAGCCUUGCAGGCCAAAUCCUACAGGUGUGUGGGAUCAUGUACCUGUCACUCACUCAAAUGCCAUCAUUAAGAUGCUGAAUGAUUGACAGCGGCGGGGCUGCCCAUCUGUCAAAAUCCUUCUUUGCAAGCCUUCCCUUUGUGAAACACUGCUACCAACUAUUUUCCUUCAGCAUAUUGUUCUUGGACUCCAACGAAAUAUUUGAAUCUACUUGUGUCCUGUUCUCAAGAAGCCUCUCCCAAGAGUCAGAGGGUGCACACUGGCACAGGGAGCAGGGAGCAGUGAGAGAUCAGAGAAAAAUCAGGCGAAGGCACUUCCCACAGCUUAGUUUAUGGAGAGCACUUCUCCCAGAUUUUUAUCAAUUACCCAGAAAUACUUUCCAUCCAAUUCAGGGAAUCCAUAUCCUUGUGCCUUGGGAGAGGCUUUUCAGGAGGAGGGGACAGGAAAGUUGCCUCACAUUCAUCCUCUUCAGUUGACAUUCCUCUAAUUCCAACCGUGUAGGUUAGUCUUGCAUCAUGACCUGCUGUCCUUUUUAAGAUGUUAAUUUUUGUUCUGUUUUGUGACAGGAGGAAGUGAAUGAAGAUGCUAGCUGUCUUGAUACGAGUGAUCACGAUAAAACAGAAACUAAGGUAAACUUCUCAUACAACUGUAGUACAGUGGUACCUUGGUUUACGAACUUAAUGCGUUCUGGAAGUCUGUUCUUAAACCAAAGCGUUCUUCAUCCAAGGCUUGCUUUCCCAUAGCAGCGGGGGACUCAAAUUACACUCAACGGGAAGCGGAACAUGUUCUGCUCCUAAGGCAAGGUUCACAAAGCAAGACACCUACUUCUGGGUUUGUAGGGUUCUGAAUCCAAGUUGUUCAUAAACUAAGCUGUUCUUAAACCAAGGCACCACUGUACUCUGAUUCCCACAGCUUCUGAAACAUGAUGCUUGUAUGUUCAAGUUUUGGGGCUACUUUGUUUUCUUGUUCCUCAUGGAGAUACUUUGCAUAAUGCAGAGAAGCCUAAGUGAGGAAAAAAGAUUGGUUUGGGAGCAAAAAAACAGGCUUGAAAUUGCAUUGAUAAAUCCAUGUUUACUUUGAAAACAGCAGUUAAAAAUUAGCAUUUUCCAUUUCUGACAGCUUCAGCAUAUUAAGAACAUAAGAUACCUCCUAGAUGAGGUCAAAGAUCCAUCCAGUCCACUAUAGCCAAUCAAAUGCAACAACAGAAUUACAAUUCAUCGAUCACUUUAGUGGCAUCACUUCUAGGUUAAAUUGAGACAAAAGAUUUUUAUCACAUUACAUGUGUUAAUUAGCUUACCAAUGCCAUGGUUCCUGUGCUAUCUCUGACUGUUUCUUACAAAUGCCAUGGUUCCUGUGCUAUCUCUGACUGUUUCUUACAAAUGGUUCCCUGCCCCCUCCAGGUAUUAAUACAGUCAUCUCAGCAAUUAUCACCAAUCUUGUGCUGUUAAAGGUGUGCCUGUUUAAUAUAAAUUUAAGCUGUAAUCAUUUUUGUCAUCCAACUCCCACCGUACAAUUUUCUUCUUUAUAUACCUGCCAACUAAGAUUUCACUUCAUGCAUCUGUCAACGUGAAAUCUUGUGCCAUGAUAAAUUUGUUGGUCAUUAAGAUGCAACGAGACUCUUUUAAUUGUUUGGCGCACCCGUGUUGUCUAGAUACUGUCAUUUUAAUGCUGAAUAUUUGCCUGUUGUUUGCACUUGGCCAGCAAUAGGUUGUUGAACCUAAUCCUGGAAGACCUGGAAGAGGCAGGAGUUUACAGUACUUACCCCAGAAUGCUUAAAAUAGGUGGUAUGGAAAAAUCUCAGGAAUAGUGUGUAACUAUUUCUAUCCUCCUUGACAUUAAUAGCUCAUUCAGUGGUACCUCGGGUUAAGAACUUAAUUCGUUUCGGAGCUCUGUUCUUAACCUAAGGUACCACUUUAGCUAAUGGGGCCUGCCGCCGCGCCGCCAGCAUGCAAUUUCUGUUCUCAUCCUGGGGCAAAGUUCUUAGCUCAAGGUACUACUUCUGGGUUAGCGGAGUCUGUAACCCGAAGUGUUGUAACGCAAGGUAUCACUGCAUUGCCCUUUUCAAAGGCACCAUCCUCCCCACACACAGUGCCAGGGAAUAUGAGAGAAUCACUGUUUCCCCCUUCACCCUGCAGAUUAAACAGGGUGAAAUAGCAGUGUAUAAACAGGACACUGUGUAAAAUACAUUACCACAGCAGUAAGUGUAGGGGGGAAAUACUAUUACUUCCAAACUUAGGUUUCCGCAUGCUCUGCAUGUUAAGUGAAUAAUAGAAUCGUAGAGUUGGAAGGUACCCAUAGGGUCAUGUAGUCCAACCACUUGCAAUGCAGGAAUCUGAAAUAAAAAAUCUGUGAUAGACGGCCCUCCAACUCCAACUUCUGCUUAAAAGCCUCUAAUGAAGGAGGGUGCUUGUGGAAGAUGCUGCAGCACGACUGUUAUAAAGGUAAAGGUACAAAGGUAAAGGGACCCCUGACCAUUAGGUCGAGUCACGGACAACUUUGAGGUUGCGGUGCUCAUCUCGCUUUAGUGGCCGAGGGAGCCGGCUUACAGCGUCGGGGUCAUGUGGCCAGCAUGACUAAGCCGCUUCUGGCGAACCAGAGCAGCGCACAGAAACGCCAUUUACCAUCCUGCCGGAGCGGUACCCAUUUACCUACUUGCACUUUGAUGUGCUUUCGAACUGCUAGGUUGACAGGAGCAGGGACCGAGCAACGGGAGCUCACCCCAUCGCGGGGAUUCGAACCGCCAACCUGAUUGGCAAGUCCUAGGCUCUAUGGUUUAACCCACAGCGCCACCCACUGUGUGAUAAUUAAGCUUGUGUGCUACCAGCUGUGCUAUAGCAUCAACUCUUAAACGCCUGGUGCUAAAGUUAUGUUGCAUCUUGCUCAUACCAUUUUUGUUUCUGCCUUUUCAGGAAGCACUUGAUACAGAUUCAGAGAUGGCCUCUCAACCAGAAACCCUUCCGACAACAGUAUCACUGCAAGCUCCUCAGGUACUCGAGUUUCGUUUCAUAGUAAUAAAUCGCACAAGGCACCAGUAACUCCAUGAUAGGUAGAGUUUGGGGGAUGCUGCAAGUGGUCCAGAGACCUGUUCCACACAGCCAUGGAUGAGAAGCUGUUGUUUACUAUCCUCCUGGAUAGCUCAGUUGGUAGAGCACGAGACUCUUAAUCUCAGGGUCAUGAGUUCAAGCAGAAAAUUCCCGCAUUUCAGGGGGUUCAACUAGAUGACCCUCAUUGUCCCUUCCAACCCUUCAGUUCUAUGACUCCACCUGCAAGCAUUCAUGCAUUCACCAUAGCAUGUCACUUGAUUUCUCAACCUUUGUAGACAUCCUAGCAGAAGGGUAGAUUGACUGCAUUUCUCAUUGUGCCAGGAUCCCCUGCCCACCCAAAUGGCAAAGAGAGGAAGGGUGAAGGACCAUGAGUUUAAGACCCAGACAAGACUUGUGUAAAUUUUAUGCAAUCCUCCUUAUUUUCAUUACCUACAAGGCCAAAAUAAAGAGGUUGGGCGUGACUGAAACCAUUAUGGUAGUGGGAGAAUUUAAUAAUGCAACACACUUGGCAUUGUUGGACAUGUUCCUAAUUCCAUUUGUGCUUGAAAUUAUGUGUCCUAACACUUUUUUCUCACUUUUCCACUCCAUCAGAAAAUGCCCAGUACAGACCUUUCAGAUAUUCCUGCUCUCCCUGCAAACCCUAUUCCGGUUAUCAAAAAUUCAAUAAAACUAAGAUUGAAUCGAUAAAACCAACCUCAGGGGUCCAUAAACAGUAUCUGCCAAUUCAACCUAUUGUCUUCUAAAUGCUGAAAUGGAGAACAGAGAGUGCAAGACGAGAAUGUGAACGCAGAUGGAUUUAGGUGUGUUUUCUGCACUUCCCUUGCUGGGCUAUAAUCACUUGAUCUGGAAGUCCAGGUUAGUAUGUGAAGUCAGGAGUACUAUUAAAUGUGUUAGCAACAGUUUUACAUUGAAUACUUCAAAGGAUUACUGCCUUUCAAAAGGAACGGGAAUACUAUUUCUAGCCAUAUUUGACACUGAUUGGAUUUAUGUUGAUGCAUUGUUUGGAACACACACACACACAAAAAAAAUAGAGCUUAAACUGGCAAAAGAAUCCCUUAAAAUGCACUUUUAUGUACUUUUUUAUUGAAAUAUGACUAAUUUUAGCGUUUCAGCUUGAUAGGUUUUUUUUAUUUUUAUUGGAUAUAUUCUUCAAUAUCUGCAACCUUCAAAUUAGAGAAUGGUCUGUUACCAAUAACCCAGAGUAAAACUUUAAAAGAAAAUGUCAAAUCUUGAGGUUAUAAGUUUGAGAAAACAAGUAUUGGGUAUUUGGCGGGGCAUGAUUAAGAAGUGGUCUAUUUUUUAUUUAUAGGAUUAUUUUAUGGUGCAUACAAAUCAGCUAUCAAAAAGCAAAUAAUUUUUCAUUCAGCUAAUCGGAUCCCCUCCUAUUCCCUUCCCGAACCUGUCAUCAUAUUUCUUGGAGGAGGGGGGGAGAGAAAAGCUUUUGCAUUUAACUUGUGUUUCAGUUUGUAUGCCUAAAUUUGGACUAAUGUCGUCCGUCAAAUGCUGGUAUUUCUUUUAACUGGUCAUGAUGGUGGUUACAAAAGCUCUAUAACUCUGUGGCCCUUCAGGCACAAGUGCCACGCGCCCCCCCCCCCCAUGACUGAAAUGGAGUAAAUAAAGUGUGCCUGUGAAGCAUUUAACUCUGUCUUGAUGGCCUUUUCAUCACUAAAUAUAAGAGUUUUGUACACUCCAUAAAAGUCCUGUCUGCAUUACAAACAUCUCAAAUUUUAAAUAUAUAUAUAUAUGAAGGCAGAUCUUUCUUACCCUAUAGGAUUUUAAGUUUAUUUUAUUUUAUUUUUAGGUAGCUCACCUGAAAGUAGUUUUUACAUUCUGAGCGUUUUCUUUUAAAUCACAAUUCUAGCAGACACUUGAAAACCUGAUAAGCUCUCCUUGCCCAGUUGUCUUUGUUUUGUUCUGUAGAGCUAUAAAAAUGACUAGCGGCAACUUUGUUUAAAGAGGCAUGAAAAUCUCACGUGACUAAGCAGCAGAAAGUGAGGAAUGCCAGUGAUUAUCAGAUGGAGAUAACAAGCUAUAUAUAACUUUUGAUUCAAUCAAAAUUAAGUGGGGAUGGUUAAAUUGCUCUUCCCAUAUUUUCUGAUCAGCAUGUUUAAUGACUUCCUUCCCUGCAUUGUGCUCAAUCCUCCUACAUGUGCAUUUCCAUGUUAAAGUAAAAUUACUUGCUCUUCCCCUUCCCCCCCCAUAAGUUAAUUUUCCAAAGCCAAGAGAUUGCAGCUUACUCUCCCGACCUCCCCAGUUGUGCAGUAACCAAGAUUUUAUUUUCUGCCCUUUUGUCUACGAUGCUUAGUAUACAAAAUUCUUGCCCUUGCCCUGUACAGCCUCCUGUGACCCAACCUUUGCUCCCGUAAUAUUACCUUGCACCCUCCCUCUCCCCCGGGACCCAGUCCAAAAGGUUUAACUAACAGUUGAAGUGUACAAACUGUCUGUGUAUUUUGUGUAGCUAUGGAGUUUAGAUCGAACUUGCCAGGCACAAAUUUAGUCUCAUUUUGUUUACACAUGAGGAUUUUUUUUUUUUUCAUUUUAUUAAACGUUUCAUGUAUCUGCACCCAAGUUUUGCCAAGCUGGGAACUUGGAAUCUUUUCUGUAUAGUGACUUUUUAAUUCUAGUUUUCAUAACCUGGAGAUCAGACUGUUGCUUUCGCAUGAUGUACGUAGGUGUCUCAUGACUGGAGUUGCUUUGUUUUAUAGUAUCUGUACUCCUUGUAUUUUUCAAGAGCUAUUUUGUAAACAGAUGAUGUAUUUCUCCAUGGAAAACAAUAAAAAAACAGCACAAUCCCAC